AGAAUCGAAAGGAGGCGCGUUCACACGCACACACAAACAGCAGCGUGUGAGGGAAGUUUCACGGUUUAAUUCGUAAAAAGUCCAGUCAUGAAUUAAAACGCGCACGCUUUUGGUUCCUCUUGUUUUUAUUUUGUUUGGCGCCUGGAGCUUUCCCAGAGGCUCCCCUCGCCUUCUCCCGCCCAAAUUCGGCGACUGAAGUUCUGCUGGUGUCUGUCUCCUCGUACCCCACCUUGGAGCCGACGGAGGUGUUUGUUGUGUCUACCCCACUGAAGCUUCUUUGCGUCUUCCCUCUGUCUUUCCCAACAAGAAAGAAGAAGUAAAUCGAUUCAGCCUUAUUCCCCUGCCCUACAUCUUUCUUUGCGAGAGUGGACCAAAAAGUUUGAGCCAAGUAGAAGUUCGAACACGCGCGCACACCAUUCGUGGCAUCUUUUUCUGAAGGAAAAUAGAAAAAAGGCUCCGGAGCUGCGAGAAAGCCGCGGAGCCUUGGAUGCUGGCGAAUGCUUUGGGGGGUAAUAAAAUGCGCUAGAGGCACCAGCAAGGCAGCCGGCGCGCUGGACAGCGGGGACACCCCACCCCCACCAUCGCCCAGUCCCGCCUCUCCGGGCUGCAGACGAUUCUCCCUCCCCUCAGGCUCUGCAAAGGGCUGCGCAGCUCAGCCGAAGGAAGCUGGGGUCGCGUACUCAAAGCAACGGGGGGAACUUCAGGAGAAGGAUAAAAGAGAGAGGUGAAAGUCCCCGCAAGUUCUGGGCGCGAUUUGGCGAAAGCCGUCCUGCCCCCUCUGCGAAGUAAGGUAAGCGCUAAGCGGUCUCUCUCCUUCGCUCCCAGCAGCUCGCCUCCUUUUCGCUUUUCCAGUCUGCGAAUGGAAACUCUCCUUUAACAAAUCCAGAUGUGGAGAGCCCGCAGCCUUGUUCCUUUUCCCCAUGACAAGUUUCCAAAAGGCCAAACCCAGCCAGUUUCCUUUGCAGACUCCUGGAGCCUUCGCCUGCAUCUUUCGCUUUCUUUCUCCGCUGCUUUCCCAAGGCGCCGGGCAGAGGGGAUGCGGUGCGGGACCUCCCCACCGCCCCCUUUGCUGCUUCAGGGGGGCUGCCUCUUGCAAGAGGGCCGGAAAGGAGCUGAACCCCUCAGCCCAGCCGUCACAAGGAAGACGGUUCCGGGGAUUGAAAUGGGGCUGUCUCCUUGCCUAGCCUCCUCCUCCCCACCCCAAACUCCUGGGAUGCCCCUCUAUGGACGAACUGUUCUCAGCAUCCUGCAGGCUCCAGAGUAGAGCCGGGUGGGGAGGAGGAAAGCCUGUUGCUUCUUGCAAGGUCUGGUAAGGAGAGGCAGCAGUGCUCCUGCAUCUCCCUCGCUGUGCUGUGUGUUGCCCAUCUAUCUAUCUCUGCAAAGGAUCUAAGUUAGUUCUAAGCUAUGGGAUGCACAAAGUGCUAUUAUUGGCUCUGUCUUUUUUUUUCUUUUUUCUUUAAUCAGCAGAAAGAGAAUGCCUGUGAUCCUGAUGCCUGAAAAUAACUUUCUGAUGCUCAAAACUUCUUGGAGCUUAGAUUCCUGGGGUGGAUGAUGGAUUGAUUGGACAGAGAAGGAGAAUCUUUCCCCAUGACUGCCACUCUAACAUCCGCAAGGAACAUCUGUCUUGCAUCAGAACAGGCUGUUUGUCUGUUGAAAGAUUAGAUUCUAACCCGUGUCUGGGGUUAGAACUGUUUAUCAUUGAAGAGUUGCAGAGGGGUCGCAGCUCACCAUUGGCAGGAACUCCCCAAACCUGUAGGUGGGAGGGUCAGCAGAUGUCAGUUGGACUAGUAGUGCACAAUCAAAACGUGGUUAAGUGCUGAUUUGGACACUUUGUUUACUAGCUGGAAAGAUAACAAACAAAUUUCUUACACACCCUUUCACACAAGAGCAAAAGCACCAAGCACUUUAAAAGAUCUUAAGCAAAGUAGAAAGGAGGGACUCUCCUGCGCUUGAUGUUACCUGCAUUGGCGGAGAGUUUGCCUGGAUGUUAUAUGCGCUUCCAAUGCUGCACCAAAUGUUACUAUUACCUUUAUGCUAAAAGCUGGCAAAGCCAUUGGUCAAUAACAUUCCCCUCCCCAAAUAACAAUAGGUUGUUUCAAUCAGUAGAAGAGCUCCUUUGGGAGGAAGGGUGGGAAACAAAUUUAAUAAAUAAAUGGAUAGGUUUCCUUCACUAUAUCCUGUUUUUGGUGACUUUUCAUAACCACAAGUCUACCUGAAACUGAUUGGCACCUCCUUCAUAACCACAAAAUGUUCUAUCACGCUUUGUGUCUGUCUUGUUUUCUGUUCCAGCUAAAAUACUUCUAAAAGCCUCUCACUUAUGCCAAUAUGAUUUUCUAUGCCUACAAAAUCUAAUAAGCUUAUAUAUAUGCAUAUAUGUUGGUGCAAAAUGAAUAAAGCCCAUUCUUGUGCACUCUGGAAGUAUCUCGCCAUGGUCUCUAGGCAGAAAAGUAUUCCAUGUUACUUGCUUCUUAAGCUUUCCUUCCUUCCUUCUCUGUUUUCAGAGGAACCAUGACCCUAUCUAUGGUUCCUUCCAGACAUCUCCAGUUCUUAUACAUGGGACUAAAAUUCCACUAAAUGAACUCACACACUGGUGCUUCUCAAGGUGUAAAACAGAUAUACUGUGCAGUAAGAGACAUCACCUGUUGCUGUCAUACCUUGCAUCUCUGUGCCAGGAACUAAACUACUUUAAGUUUUAGGGGAGAGGCUGUAGCUCGGUGGUACAGCACACGUUUUAAAUGCGGAAGGCGUCAGGAUCAGUUCCUGGUAUCUUUAGAUAGUGCUGGACUCCUGACCCCAAACCCUGCUUUCCAAAGGGCCAGUGAGCGUUGUCGAAACUGAGCUAGAUGGACCAAUAGCCUGACUUGCUGUAUAAGGCAGCUUCCUAUGCCCUUUUGCGAGUCCUCCUUCUUAUUUAUUUCUGCUGCAGCCACUAGAAAAAUGCCAUAUACUUCUUAUAUUAUUAUUACGCAAAAGAAGGUUUGGACUAGAGUUCUAAUAAUUCGCAAUUGCGCAUCUCUACAACCCAACACUCAUGUAGAUACUGUAGACAACUUGCUUCUGCUUAGCAUGAUCAUUUUUACUGUUUUCACAGUCAACAAUCCAAAAGCUAUGUUUUUACUGAGCACCGGUAAAUUGACUGACGAUUUGCAACUAUUGUUACCACAUAUGCUUAUCACUGUUUGAUAAGCGCGUUCAUUGUGAUCCUUACUGGAAGCAGAGUUUCUGUUGUGACUUUCUUGAGUGCCUACACUGUCAUUUCAUUAUAAUGUUACAAUCAUAGCAAUAUGGUGAGGGUCUCUACUUAAAAAAUAAUUUUGGAAGGGACAAUAAGGACCAUCUAGUCCAACUCCCUGUGAUGUAAAGAUAUGCAGCUGUCUCAUGUGGUGAUCAAACCUACAACCUUGCUGUUAUCAGCACCACACUCUAACCAACUGAGCUAUCCACUUGGAUUGGGCUAUUCCCAUCCAGCAGUGCUGUGCCCUUGACAAAAUACCAUGCAAGUAUGCUAAUACUACUCAUCAUGCUAAGGACCCAGCAUAUGUUUUGCCAACUACCCAUAUUAUAUAUUUACAUGCAUAGAGAGGCACGUCUCUGAAUACUAGCUACUGGGGAUCCUAAAUGGGGAGUGCUGGAGGAGAUGAAGAGCGCCAGAUCUAUUCAUUGAUGAACCUCUCGUCUAUCUAUUGAGAAACAACAGAGAAGCGGACCUGGAAUAUUAGUUUCUCAGAGGCCAAGGUUACCCAGAGCUCAUUGCUGCUCAGUCGACUGAGCUACGAGAAAUGGUUAACCCAUUCUCUGACACUACUUGUAUACAUUUAUUUAUUCAUUUCGAGUAUUUAAUUUGUCCCUCCUGGAAAAAUUCAUGUGUAUGCCCAUGAAUGAUAUGUAUGUGGAUGCAUUUUAAAUUGGUCUUCUUGUGUGAAAGGUAUGUAGCAUGGACAAAAAAUGCACAACACAUAUUUGCAUACACAAAACCUUUGCUGUAUCAGAACCCAAUCAAUCUAUAUACAGAUGAUCAGCACUAUCAACUGACACUGAUUAUCACAAGUUUUGAGGAUGGAGAGAAAAACUGAUUGUAGCAUCUGUUUCCCAUUUUACACUUAAGGACAACCAUCACAGACAGUGCUAUACAUCUGUUCAAAGGGCAGAUCUUCAUGCAUAGCAACAUCUCUGGAUGAUGACCUGAGUGAUCAAAGUACUGAAACAGCCUCUGGUAUUAAUGUUUCAGCAUGUUUAUCACUCUCUUCAGAAAUGGCAUCUUUCAUUUGUUUUUAAAAAAGGUUUCUUUUAAAAAUAAUAAUUCAAAACUGCUUGCCACAUUUCAAAUGAAAAACUGCCCACCACUAUAUGCUGUUGUAUGAUAGUAUCAGCACAUUCAGAACCAUUUUGUUCUUGCAUCAUUAAUUCAUUAGUUCGUAAAACGUGUAUCCUACUUUUUUCUGACUAUAUCACAACCAAGAAAUAAUAGUGCCAUCUGUGACAAUGGCUGUCAAUCACAAUAAUAAUACCAGCAAUGACAGCACAAUGCAGUGAAAAUUGGAAUAGAUAUUCACACUUAAUGGCUUUUUUAAAAAAAUAAAAGGGUGUUUCACCCCACUCUUCCAGCACAUGAGUUAUUCCAGAUUAAUUAGCGCAAAAUUUUAGGAUGUGGAUUUGUGUGUGGUGUGGAGCUGUUUAUUAGUAUUCACACAAUGCUUUUCUUCUAUAUGUGAACCAUCUUGACCCAAACACCCAAGCUGUAAUAGGAAAACUCAUGAUAAUAGAUAUGGCCAGAAACAUUACCUGUGGCAAUACAGUUUUCUGCCAUGCUGACUGCAGGAUGUGCCACAGUUGUUGAGUGAUAGGACAGUUUACACAUUACUUUUCUCCAUGCAAAUGUGUUUUCUUCACAACAAGAAGACGAAUUUUUAUUUCCAAGAGUUGUUUCCCAAAUGAAUAGAUUGUACACUGUAGUCCCAUUGACUUCUUCCAUUUCCUUUGACUCUGGUCUAAAAGGACAUGUGGUUCCCACUAACUGCCCCCCCUUCACAAAACAUCCAGGGCGAGCUGUGACUCUGUGACCUGGGAAUUGCGGUUUGUGUCCUUUAGUCCUGUUACAGUUUCUCAGAAUGUUCUCAUUGAUUUCAAUGGAAGAAGGCUUUGUUAUAACUUUGGAAUUAUUUUGGGUUAGCUUAUUCCAACUCAAAAAAGUGAGGCAGAGGUUGGAGUUAAAAUGCUGCUGGGAGUUUAAUUCCAUUUAAAGAGAGAGAAAUUCCAAACAGAAUAUUUUUGAUAGGAACAUCAUGAGCUGUGCAUUGUUUCCUGAAAUGCUGAAACAGCUCUAGAGAACCUUUUUGAACUGAUGGAUAAACAGGGCAUAAUUAAGUACAUGCCUUAUAUAGUCUCCAAAUAUAUAUAUCAGUGUAGCAAUUGUUGCAAUUGAUAGACUUAUCUUAGUAGAACUCAUAAAGCAUAGGCCUGUUCUCUUAUUCUCCUCUUCCUCACAUUGCUAACUUCUCUGCUGACACUAUGCAAUCCAAAGAGCCAUUUCUAAAAGUCUACCACCACCCAGACAUCUGGUAUAGUGCAAGCAGCUGGUAGCUAGAAAAGAACAUUGCAAAAGCUCUUCUUCAUAAUUUGAAAUGCUUAUGGGUGGGCAUGGGGACUUGAAUCCCACCCAUUGUUUACACAUGUCUGUUCAAGAUGCAGUAGUGCUGAAAGGUGUUCAGGGGUCUCUAUUAGUAAUGCUCCUGGGAUAUAAAGCUCCAUUCCAACGUCAAUCUUCUAAUCAGGCCUUGAUUUGUGUCCCUACUCCAUGUGAGCUACUGUCACAACUAGAAGUAAAGCCUCUGUAUCAGUUGCUUGAAGACAAUGGGAAAAAAACCUCUGUCCAGAAGUGUGUGGUGCCUUCUCACUGGCCUUUUGGGGUGGGAGGGUGGGGUUGCAAUACAUAUCAUUUUCAUGGACAUAUAUUCUUGUUGUCUGUUCAUUUUUUUAAUUGGGCACUAUUUUAUGCUUGUUUUUUGGGGGGAGGGGUGGAAGCCACCUUGGAAACACAGCAUUCAAAUGUUUGGAAUGAAUAAACAACCAUAUUUCUUUCAAAUAUGUUUUAUUUUUAUUUGUUGUAAACUGCUUAGAGGUUUUUUUUAUUACAAUCAAGCAGUGUUUCAAUUUUGUGAAAUGAAAUGAAAAUGAAACAACUAGCUAUAUAGAUAGAUUGCUCUCACUGUGGCCCCACGACCUGUUUGAAAAAAAAAUAGAGAGCAAGGGAAACAAUAGUUUCAUUACAAACAAAGGAAGAACCUUUUCAAGAACUGAUCUUUUCAUUAGAGGGAAAAAAAGCAGAAUAGAUAGCAAACAUCACCCUCACAAUGCAGUUAUCUUCUACUCUCCUCAAAUUUCCUGGACUAGGAUAAGAGAUCAGGAUGACUCAAAAAAGUUUUCUGUCAGCAUUGUUUACAUCAUUUGCUCCAAUAAAGAACUGUCCUACUUGCUCAGUAUUUGUAGUGAAAGUUUGCAUUCAUAAAAAUCUAAUAAUAAAAUGCCACAGAUGCUGCCUAGUCAUAGGAUCAGUGCUCUAGCAAACCAUCCAAAGAAAAAUGGCAAAUUCAUAAUACUAUUCUAUAUAUAUAUAUAGCAUAAUACUAUGCUAUAUAUAAUACUGUGCUAUUUCAAAAUAGCACAGGGCCAUAAUUCUCAAAUACAUUUUAUUAUCUGUAUCUCACACUGUGAUGUUAACAAGCAGGUUUUCAAUUUAAUAAUAAUAAUAAUAAUAAUAAUAAUAUUAAUAAUGAUAAUACCCCACCCAUGUGGCUGGGUUGCCCCACCGUUCUAAUUCAUCCUCAAGAGCCACACACGCACACACACUUAUUUAUAAUAUUGUUUUAAAGUUAUAUUUAUUUGCACUUGAAAGCUAAAGUAAAAGUUGUGCAUUUCACAAAACAUGUUUAGUUUGCACAAUUUGGCCAAAUACAGAUUUUUAUGGACGGCCUUUUUUAUUCUUUCCAAGAACGCAUAAUAUUUUUGCAAGGUCUGAGAUGGUAAAGGAGAAAAGCAAACUGAAACAUCCAUUGGACUGGGAAAUAGUAGUGAUAAAGGAACAAUGAAUGAAGGAAUGUGUGCUGUUUUCCCAUAUUUGAAUAUUAUUAUACUUGAGGAACAUGUAUGGAGGAUGAUCUUUCAAGUAAUGGGACAAUAAGACCACAAGAUUUCAUAGGGCAGCAUCCAAGUAAUUUGUCUCAUCAAUGCAAGGAUUUCUCCUUGUGCAAAGAAACCCUUCCCUUUGUGUGCCCCACACACAAUGCAGAUCUUCUCUGAGCAGUACAGCUUCCCCCCUGCACUCCACUUCAUCCCCAUGUAUGCUGCUUACUUUGCCCCUGGCAUCAGUGCCAACUUCACCUUCCAUCCUGGUGCCACCUCCCUUGUUGGAUCAAUGUCUUAGCUUGCUUAGCCAUGUAUGGCACCUGCUGCAAAAGAGAAGACCUGAGUUUGAGGCUAUCACCCAGGGGAAACCAGGGCAUUUCUGUUCCUAGGAGAAAAACAAUUCUGGAAGAUAAUCCUAGAAGUUCCCAGUGGGAUGGAAUGGGUACUAAUUGCUGAUUUUUUUCAAUACCUCACCAUAACCUGGCUUCCAUGCUUGGAUAAGCCUUUCUUGCAUCUGCUUGUUUAGCAGAAAACUAUGGCCGGCAAUAUAGACUGCAAGCUCAACAGGGCUAGUCAUUGGUACAGGGCCACUUUUCUGAGCACUACCUUCUUUUUCUUGGUGUUUGCAGUAUUUUAAGGAGCUGUGACUAAAUUCUUAAUGCUACCGAGAAACAGUAAUUGGCACCAAUUAAAUUGCUACAUUCAUGUUUGAAUUGCUUUAACUGGCGAGACACACUGUCUUAUUUAUACUGAAAGUAUGUUUGCUUUGUGGUUUGCUCUGAAUCAGGGCCAGGAGAAACUAAACCAUCUUGAGCCUCUUUCUCUGAAGGCAUAUUCUCCCUUUGCAAGCUGGAUGCCACCUCAGUUCCAGAGUACUGAUUUAUUCAUUUAUUUUUGCCUCCAACAAGCUGUAAAAUAGAAUACCUGCUUGUCUGAGGCUUGUGCAUUCUCUCUCUCUCUCUCUGUGUGUGUGUGUGUGCUGUCCCUUUUUCUUAAAGUACUGCAGAUUUCUCCCUUCCAAACUUGGGAAUUUUCCAAUACAUAGUUGCAGCUAGGAGAAGAAUUCUUUCAAGAUGGGGAAACCAGGGCAUUAACUCUUCAGUCCUCAGAGAUCCAAAAAUCAGAUCUUGAUUCAAAUGCUCAAAGUACAUGAGAAGAGCCCUGCUGGAUCAGACCAAAGCCCGAUCUAGCUCAGUAUUCUGUCCCCACAAUGGCACACCAGAUGCCUAUGGGGAACUCCCAUGCUGAGUAAUAGCUAUACGUAGUUGUUGGGAUUGUGUACUAGGAGAGUUGUGUCAUCAGUAUGAGACCCAGUUCUGUUUCACCGUGAUAUCUGAAUCAGGACUGGGCCAGUGUCUGCAUGCAGUGCAGGCCUGGAUGAGGGCUGAAACUGAAACUGAAUUCUGAUAUGACAGAGGUCCUGCAACCAAUGGUUCUACUUUCCAGGGUAAAGGUCAGUUACCUGUUCUGGAUGGGGUUGCAUUCCCUCUGAAGGAAUAGGUAUGUAUUGUGGAAGCACUAUGUUGGGCUGCCCUUCUGCUUGGUCCAGAAGCAGUAGCUAGUGCAAAAUGCAGCAACAUGGCUUGUGGCCAGGAUUGCCUUGUUAUGUAUCAGCACAUAACAUCAUUGCCGAGGGAACUGCUAAAACGCUAUUGGUCCGAGCCUAAGAUUGGUCUGAGCUUAAGAUUUUAUUGUUUGUGUACAUAAAGCCCUAAAGAACUUUGGGCCAAGAUAGCUGAGGUACCACGAUAUACCUGCCUGUUCAGUGCAGUUACAUGUGUGGGUCCUUCUUGAAGUGCUGCAUGUGGCCAGAGGUACAUUCCAUGGCAGUUCAGACUAGGGCCUUUAACACAGCAGUACCUGCCCUGUGCAACACACAGCCCAUUGCAACUCCAAUAAUAUUGAUAACAGUUUGUCAGGUGCUAAAAAGUGCAUUAUUUUUACAGGCUUCCCCACAGGGAUGUUUAUUCGCAUGAAGUAGCUGGAUGCUUUUUAAGAACAGUUUCACCUGUUUCUAGUUGUUCUGUUUUUAUUGUUGUAUGCUGAUGUACUAUGAUGAUGAUGCUAAGUGGGCUUAUAAUUAUACCUAAUAAACAAACAAGACCACAAUUUAUGAGUGCAACUUGAGUACAAGAGCACUCGCUCCACUUGCACUCCCCUGUAGCUGGUAUUCAGAGACAUACUGCUCUCUGACUGUAAGUAUAUACUAGAGGUAGUUGGUAAAGAUGCACUUUUUUAGUGUUGAGAAAGAAAAGGAGACUUGAGAUUUGAUUGGCUGUAGUUGUGUUCCUGGUAAGCACUGAGAGUUAGGUUUGUUUGUUUGUUUGUUUGCUUGCUUGCUUGCUUGCUUGCUUGUUUACUCCAAGGAUGUCAGAUUAGGAGGUUAAAAAUAAGAUAUAUUGCAGGGCUAUGGUGUCUGUGCUACCAGCUGAAGAAGGAUGCAAAUCACAGUGGUCUAGCUUUUUUCCUUAUUAUUAUUUCCAUACUGAGACAGUUAAGAAAAAGACUGUAAGACACUAAAGCACAACACACCAAGCUUCUACUUCCAUGCUAGAUGACAGAAUGACUGUGACCUGAUUCAGUAACUAUGCCUAUUAGCACAGAAAAAAAGAGUAUUUCCCCAGUUGAAAGGACGUACUGUCUGAUGGACCAUUUGCUAAUUAUUUUGCUAACUUCAUGUUUCACACCAUUUUCUAUUUCUGUCUAUUUUCAUUCCUUUUUGGCUAGAAUUUGCUGGAAGUUGGUGUCAUGUUGCCUUCUGCUAUUUCACUGUAGGUUUUUCCCAUGACACCCCUGGUGCAUUUUCUCCCUGGAAGAAUAGUAUUCAUAUCAAUGCAGAGCAUGCCAUGAAACAGUGGCAGCCCUGUUUGAAUUAGCAUCCAAGCAUUCACACCUGGGAUUUCCUUUCUGUAUCAGUUUGAACGAUCCCCUCUCUUUCUUUCGUUUGCAUUGAUUUUAACAAUGUUUGGGUGCAUUUUAGUAAAUCCCAAGCUGCCUUCACAAUGGCAUCAUUACUAUAAGGGAAUUGUGAGUAUGUGUGAAAUGCACACUCUUCCUCUCCCCCCCCCCCCCCGUCUCUCUCACACACAACACAUGGCUCAGGUCCAAAUGAAGGCAUGGGAAUCUUUCUCCUGGCUUUAAAACAACUAACCAACCAACAAAACCUUAAAAGACAGUGAGUUUAAAUGGAAAAAUAGCAGGAGGUGGGGCUGAUUAACCCUUCCUUGGACGGCUAGUUAUCCACUCAAAAUCACUACCUAAACUUCCAGGGCCAAUCCCUGUUAGGCAGAGUGAAGUGGCUACCUCAGCUGUUAGAUGCUGGGGGGGGGGGAGCAGUGGUGAAGCCCCUUCAGCCAUCCACCUGAACCCACUGACUGUUGAAGGUCGGAGCCAAGUGUGCUUAUGUGGUCUGAGCCCUUCCCCAUCUUGUCCAUUUCCUCGGGCAGCAAAGUGCUGAACCUGAAAACAGCUUUUAUAUCUGAACUGGGGUGGGUGGGGAGGCACAGCUAAUAUCCAGUACAGUGGUACCUCGGGUUACAUACGCUUCAGGUUACAGACUCCGCUUACCCAGAAAUAGUACCUCGGGUUAAGAACUUUGCUUCAGGAUGAGAACAGAAAUUGUGCGGCGGCGGCACAGUGGCAGCAGGAGGCCCCAUUAGCUAAAGUGGUACCUCAAGUUAAGAACAGUUUCAGGUUAAGAACAGACCUCCAGAACGAAUUAAGUUCUUUACCCGAGGUACCACUUUAACUAUAUCCCAUCUGUCUGACUGAAGCAUCCUGCAAAACCUAGCAGCAAGUUUGCUGCUUGGCAUUGUGCAAAAAAGCUGGAAUUUCUGUGUGUGGCUGCGGCUGAUGGUAUGCCAGGCCUGGAAUGAGUAUAUCUUGGCUUGUUUCCCCCUUUUCCUUCUUGUGGCUUUCGUAUCCCUGAGAGAUGGAGAGGCUCAUGGAACUAACAGAAUGUUCUCUGUGUACCAGGCCUCCUCCUGCUGCUACAGAGGGCUGAGCUUUGCUGAGGAUGGGGCGACUAACAAGCCAGUCAUUUCAGUAGCAUUUGCAUUUUCUGUGCCACAUAAGAAAAGGGGCACUUGUUGAAUUGUUUCAGUAAGCAAGGCAGAUGAGAUGGUCUGUGAGCUGCAUGCAUGGUGAAUAAUAUCCUUUUCCCCGUGGUGGCCAGUGGGGCGUGUGAAGAGGGUUGUAUUGCUCUCCUGCAUUCCCAGUACAUCACAUUGCUGUUGCUUACUGAAAGGAGAAGGGGUGAGGCAUAGGGAGCUUGGUGUCCAGACUGGCUUCACCACCAUGCUCCAUGCUGAGCUCCCUGUGCCUUGCGUCUCCUCUCAGUUAAGUUGCAACAAUGCAGCUCUGUUGUGAAGGCAGAGGAGCAAGGCAUUCUCACCCACCCCACCCCACAAGGCACUACUACACCUUUCUAGGAGAUCAGUACCGAGGAGGACUGAUAGAAGAAAGAGACAAGGAUCAAGCAAGGUCUCCCAGUCAACUGCAAAAGCCAUGGCAGAAACAGUGCUACCUUCCCAGCAUCAGUGCCCUGCUUACUAGGUGGGUGCGAGCGUAGAUGGCUGCAUUGGCUCUACCAGUGCACCCAUGCAGCUCCAACUUCCUCCCACCAUCUCCAAGUAAGCAGCAGUGAUGUCAAAGCCAGAAAGCUAGUGUCACUUGCUUCCACCCUACCAGGCAAGCAGCUUCACACACCCACACCCACACACCCACACACACACCACUCCAUCCUUCAUACAGGCAAGCAAGAAGCAUUAUUACACUUCAAGGGCACAUUCUAGUUGGGCAAAAGCACUCAAUGAGAGUGCAGAGCAGGGCAGGUGAUGGGUAUGGCCUGAGGAGAGAAUGUGGCUGGGGCAGACAGAGAGGCCUGGAGGCCAAAUUUAUUCCCCAGACCUGAGGUGCCACUCUGACCCUUGAUGUAGAAGAGUGGUUUUGCUUAUUUAUUAUAAGUAUUUUUAUUCCACCCUUCAAUCGUAUUUGCAGGGAGGCUUACAGAAAUACCUUGUUCUUUUGGAAUACAUAAUUUGCAUGCUAGUUGGGUUUGCACACCUUAAGUGAAGAGAAGGGGUACAUUGUGCAAGGCCCUGUGCAUAUAUGUAUUUACUCGAAGAUUUACUCUGUAGAAAAAUUUGAAGUGGCAUGGGGUUUUUUAAAGAUUUAAUGUGGAAAAGAAUGAGUCACCGAAACACCUUCUUUUCAACCAAAAAGGUAGAAGCAGACCUGGAAAUUAGGCCAAGCUGACACCUGACCCAUUGCUUUUCCACUGAAAAAAAAUUCAUUGAAAAUAAUAUAUCCAUGAAUGUGUGGAUUUGGGACAUUGGGAUCAUGCUUGGUGAUUGCUUGUUCAGAGCCGAAUGCUUGAAUAGGGCCUACGUGUACAUGAUCAAGUUGCAUGAUCAAGAAUCCUGGAAAAGGCCAACGUCCUGUUCAGUUGCACAGCUGUAGGCUUUGGUCGGACCUGUGGCUGAACUCUCAGAGGUCAGGGGCAAGUCAGGGGCAGCAGGAGUGACUGUGCAUCCUCCAGUAAAUACAUUAGUUCUUGCAGAUAUGUUGCAUGCACAGGGUUCAGGGUUCUCCUAACUGGAAGCUGCGCAUACACCAGCUCAUCAUAUUGCUACAUUAUUGUUAGAUAUACAGUGGUACCUUGGUUGUUGAAUGUAAUCCGUUCUGGAAGACCGCUCGACUUCCGAAACGUUCAAAAACUGAGGCGCAAUGGGCUGUCAGCAAGUUCAAUGGGGAAAAUUGAGAGAUGCGCCUUGGAAGCUGUUUGACUUCUGAGGUGUGUUCGAAAAUGGAAGUGGUUACUUCCGGGUUUUCGGCAUUUGGGUUCCAAAUCAUUCAGCUUCUGAGACGCUAAAAAACUGAGGUUCCACUGUACUUCCUUUUUCAUCCAUGUUCCGCAUUCCCAGGCUUUGUUCUGCAUGGAAGACAAAGGGCACCUUAGCCAUGCAGGAGGCUUCAUGGAACUUGACAUCCUGCUUUUCUAUUAUUCCCAUUUAUACAGACAGAGUCUAUAUGCAUCUUGUACCCGUGUAGGCUCUGUUUUGCUUUUAUCUAAUGGUGGGAGAUCCAGUCCUGUUCCACCCACUCUCUGCACAGCCCUUCUGAAUGCUAAUCUGGAUUCCUUUUAACCACUUAAAAUCCACAUCUUAAACUGAAUGAAAUGGGAACCCUGGUUAGUGUUAGUAAUUGUUAGUGCACUGUCCACAUAAACGUAAUGUUCAACCAUGGUUAAGUUCAACAAGGAAAGUGAGCAGGGGAGUUCAUAUUGGUGAGUGCAAAAUAGAAGGUGAGGCAUGUUCCUGGUAUUGGCUUCAUGCCUUCCCCUGGGAAGCAGCAUGAAGACAUAGGGCUUUUCCAGAUGACCUGUUCAUUGAACAUUCAUCCUGAUUUGUUUGUUGAAAAAUUAUGCUGAGGUUAUAUGACAUCACUGUUUAUUGAGCAUUCAUUCUGAUUUGUUUGUGUGGAGCUUAUAUGUUGUUGCCAUUAUCCCACAUUUCCACAGCGCUUUCCUGCCCCUUUUCUUACCACAAAAAUGUAGGGUUUCAUUGGAAGCAGGUUUGUUUGCAAGAGCGCUAAAUCCAUUUUAACUGCGCAAACAAAAUUUGCUGGGUUUUGAUUGACUCAUACCUGCAAAAUAGUGACAGUCUGGAAACAGCCGCAGCACAUAGCCUAACACGGGGUAGGCAACCUAAGGCCCGGGGGCCGGAUGCGGCUCAAUCGCCUUCUCAAUCUGGCCCACGGACAGUCUGCGAAUCAGCGUGUUUUUACAUGAGUACAAUGUGUCUUUUUAUUUAAAAUGCAUUUCUGGGUUAUUUGUGGGGCCUGCCUGGUGUUUUUACAUGAGUAGAAUGUGUGCUUUUAUUAAAAAUGCAUCUCUGGGUUAUUUGUGGGGCAUAGGAAUUCGUUCUUUUUUUUUAUUUCCAAAAUAUAGUCCGGCCCACCACAUGGUCUGAGGGACGGUGGACCGGCUCACAGCUGAAAAAGGUUGCUGACUCCUGGCCUAACACAAAGUAUCCAGAAGGACUUUGGGCAGCAACUUGAAAGGUUCAUGUUACGCAGAAGUUCUCCUAUGGUACUCAGUUUAGGUGCACAAUUCAUGCUGGGAACAUACAUUAAUUUGAGUCUGUAUAUUCAGGUCAAUUAGCGAGACUAUAAGAUCCCUUUUACUGCCUAGAUUUGUUUUCUUCUCAGCACCCUCGUCCUUGUUAUUCUUAAUGAUGAGGAUUCAAGAGAGGGUGGUUGUUUCCUGACUUUCAAAUUAGCUCCCUUCCUCUUUUCCUCUUCAUCUGGCCUAUCAUUAAAGAACGACUGCAGCUGGUCGAUACAUGGGAGGAUGUCUGAAUCUGCUCCUAGUUUAGUUUUUACCACAGUGACAAAGUUGAAGUGAUUGUAACUAAGCAGCUGAAGGAUGUAUCCCUCCCACACACCAGUAGCAUAUUGGUCUUUCUUCCUUUUUGUUCUUUCCUCAUGUACUCCUUAGAAAAACAUUUUUCUUUAAUUAAUAAAAGCUGAUGAUGGAUCACAGUUUCCUAGCAGUUUUGAAUUUGUCUGACAACACAAAAACUUCUCUGUCUGUUCAUUUAAAGGGAGUCUUCUCCUCACAACCAGAUAAUUUUUCUAUCUAGUUCUCUGGUGUUUUGUUUUUUUAAAGCUUUUUCUCACCCACUUGAAUUUAAACCAGUGGUGCAGUAUGGUACAGUGGUGCCUCGCAAGACGAAAUUAAUUCGUUCCACGAGUUUUGUCGUCUUGCGAUUCUUUUCGUCUUGCAAAGCACGGUGUCAGGAAAGUUUUGGAAAAGCUUCAAAAAUCACCAAAGUCUUUAAAAACCUCAAAAAAGGCUAUCACACCGCGUUCUAUGAGUUGCUCCUCGAAGUCAAGUUGCAACUGUAUUAACGGUGUUAAGAAAAAGGAAACAAACUUGCAAGACGUUUCCGUCUUGCGAAGCAAGCCCAUAGGGAAAAUCGUCUUGCGAAGCAGCUCAAAAAACAAAAAACCCUUUCGUCUAGCGAGUUUUUUGUCUUGCGAGGCAUUCGUCUUGCGAGGUACCGCUGUAAUUUUAGAUUCUGGUUUAAUAGACACUCCACACCCUUAGACUGCUCUUUAGACAGCAAUGUGUAUUAACUUACCUGAUCCAAAGUAUAUUAAGCCAGCCCAUCUGUGCUUGGACACACAGCCAUGCCCAUUCUGCUGAUCUAGGCCCCACCCAUAAGUCCUGAUCUCAUGGCAUCAUUGACCUAGGUUUCUUGCUCCAGUUCACCAAGCGUGAGCUGGUCCCAGAAACACAAGGGAUGUCCUCAUCACUCAGGAUGGUUCCAAGCUGCUUGCAUUUAUAGAGAAAGUGACUUUGCGAACCCAGGCAAACCUUAUGUCCUAGUUCCUGAUGCCAAAUAUGCAGUGGGUGGGGUGGGGGAGAGACAGUUGCAGUCUGGAGGGCAGACUCUGCAGAUGGUGCCAUGAGAAAGUGCUCCGUGCCAUUAGAAGUGACAACACAUCUCAAAUGGAGCAGACAUGCAAAAUCGGCAGAAUCAGAGACACAGACCAGCACUGAUCUUUAAGGGCCAGUGAAUGGGAGCUUAGGAACCAGUUGGAGUAGUUUCAUCUAUAGAGACUGCAAAUCUGGAAUUAUGGGAUAGGAGAAGAGGGUUGUGAUAAACUAUAGAAGUAAUCAAGUGGUUGCAUGUAAUUGCAUCUAUAUGGACUGUAAUAGCAGUGGCUACAAAGUGGUGUGGAGGUAUAACUAGUCCUUCCCCACUGUUUUGUUGUUGUUUUUUUGCUCCUAGCGCUAUCUUCAGGAAAGCCAUUCUGCAUCCUCUGUGCCUGCCCCAUCUAUAUACAUUAAGAUAUUUUCCCAUGAACAGUUCCAAGAUUUCUCGUUAUUCAGAAGCAAGCGAAUGCACUGUGGGGCUGUUCUUUUAACAUGAAGCUGGGGGCAGAGGAAGCAUACACAGUGAGCAGGGUGAAUAAUAUCAAUGCUCCAAGACUGAGGAAUUAUUUAUAACACUGGCAGCUUGCCAAACAGAUGUUCCAUUUUAUUUUAAACUUAAACAACGCAGGCUCCCAUUUCUACUGCCCCCAUAGACCCGAAUGGGGUCGGGGAGCAUACUAUGACUUGAUCCCGCAUCCCCUGGAAAGCUUAGAAUAGGGAUGCUUUGUGCUCUCCUAAGAAAUAUGGUGAAUAGACUCAUAGCAGCACUUUAGUAUGGGAUCACACAUAGCAUAUCAUUCACAUGCCUGGCUUUACACUCAGACACACUUCCACAUCGACGAGGCUGACCCACACACAUAUGCACAAAAAUGCAGAAAACCCUGCACACACAAACUAAUACAGUGGUACCUCAGGUUACAUACGCUUCACGUUACAUAUGCUUCAGGUUACCGACUCUGCUAACCCAGAAAUAGUGCUUCAAGUUAAGAACUUUGCUUCAGGAUGAGAACAGAAAUCGUGCUCCGGUGGCGCGGCAGCAGCAGGAGGCCCCAUUAGCUGAAGUGGUGCUUCAGGUUAAGAACAGUUUCAGGUUAAGUACGGACCCUCCGGAACGAAUUAAAUACUUAACCUGAGGUACCACUGUACUGAACCCUUGUGAACCUCAGAGGCAGUCUGGUUUUGUUAUGAGAAAAUAACUAAGAUCAGAAAUGCUGAGUCACACAACUGGGUCACUCACUGCAUAACACAGAAAAGCACCCAUCAUUGUUUCCAAUAGUCAUUUCCUCUAUUGUAACUGUGUUUCUCAUUACUAGCCCUCGCCAAGUGUUUUGAAAGGUCAAGCCCUGCACUUAGCAAUAAACAUUCGGAAACUUGGGCUUGUUUCACAUGGCUGUCACUGCAUAUAAUUGCAGACAAAUUCAUGUGCCCACCUUGGUCUCACUUAAGAGCAUGUGGAUAUAGGCAAACACCCCUUCUUUGACUUACUUUUGCCUGCUGUCAGGAACAGGCCAUUGUAGCCAAAGCUCAUUGUGAACUGCUAUCCUUCACGGCUCUAAAUAUAGUAUGGCUGUCAGUCAAAGCCCCUGAAUCCCAGAAUGUGGCUUUUCAUCAAGGUGGAGCCUUGAGACUCCACGAGGCAUGGGGACGGUGUGGUUCUUUUCCCAGAGUGGAGAGCAAGGACUGAGCCAGCCUAAUGUGAAAUCAGUCUUGGUCACAGAUCCCUGUAUCAGUAAGGGGCAUGGAUCUUACUGUUUAAAGAAAGAGCUAUCUGUGUCCAUCUGGAGUAUUCCACUCAUUCUGACAUGGAAGGAGGGAAUGGCAGUAGAGGAUAAACCGACACAUCAGCGACCUGAUCCACAACCCUUUGCUGUUAGCAGCAAGCCUGCUAUGGGCGCUCUACCAGAGAUUAUCCAUCAGCAAGCACAUUCCAGCACAGUAUGAAAGCUGCUCAGCCCUCAUGAUUCAUUACCACAUUUAGCCCAUGAAACAAAGCUGUUUCUUUUCUUUGUUUCCACUGCUAGUCUUUGUGUACAGGCUGAUGCUACUAUUUUAUAUUCUAGGCAUCAGUAUCCUUGCCUUGGUUUUUAGUUCUCCAUUACAAUUACCCAAAUUAAAGGAGGGUGAGUAGUGUCAGACUAGAGCCAGAUUCAGCAUGGUGCUGGACAGCAACAGGAUCAGCUCCCCCAACACACGUAUUAUAUAUGUUUUCAUUGGCAUUUGAGAAAGCCUGCAUUAAUAAAGCAGCUCCCUACAUCAGCCUUUAUGUGCAUACUGUUGUACUUCCCCUUUCCACAGGAUGACAAAUGGAACCUCUUCAACAGGUUCAUAAUACAGGGCUGGUCCUAUACAGUCAGUGAGAUAGGAGGUCUUCCUGAAACUGUAACCAGACCUUUCUACAAUCCAGCUUGCUGCAAUUCAGCGUAAUCAGCAGGGGUGGAAACAGCCCUAAAUGCCUAGAUCCAGGAUAUAUUAGGGACCUCCUUAUUCCAUGCUAUCGAACCUGCUCCCUUCAAUCAGAAGGAGAGACUGUCCCUUGUCUUCCACCUAGGGUGGAACCAUGUAUGACUGGUACAAGAGAGAGGGCCUUCACAGUGGCUGAACCCAGAUGAUGGAACAUCUUGCCCUGAGAAGUAUGGUUGGCCGCUUCCUUCUUGUUUUUUGUAUGUUCCUAAAGAUUGUUUUAUUCUUGCAGGUUUUUUUGUUGUAUGUGGCAGAUAAGGCUUUUAUGCUUGAUCUUUUAUACUGCUGAUCCUGUCUCCCUGACUAGCUGUUGUAUAUUGUUGCUUUUGGGGGGGUGGGGGAAUCUAUAUUUAAAUGUAAACUUUCCUGAGUCAUGCUUGUGCAUCAGAAGGGUGAGACAUAAAUGUAAACAGUGCUUUUUUCUAAAAAAAAUGUACCCCGCCCAUCUGGCUAGGUUUCCCCAGCCACUCUGGGUGGUUUCCAACAAAGAUUAAAAAUACAUUAAAAUAUCACACAUUAAAAAGUUCCCUGAACAGGGCUGCCUUCAGAUGUCUUCUAAAUGUCAGGUAGUUGCUUAUCUCUUUGACAUCUGAUGGGAGGGCAUUCCACAGGGUGGGCGCCACUUCCGAGAAGGCCCUCUACCUGGUUCCCUGUAGCUUUGCUUCUCUCAGUGAGGGAACCGCCAGAAGGCCCUCAGUGCUGGACCUCAGCAUCCAGGCAGAACGAUGGGGGUGGAGAUGCUCCUUCAGGUAUACUGGGCCGAGGCCGUUUAGGGCUUUAAAGGUCAACACCAACACUUUGAAUUGUGCUCGGAAAUACUGCCCCUCAAUGAGGCCAAACUUAGAUUCACAAAAUGUUUAGGGGUAUGCGUAUCCCUGCGUACCCCCAGAAAAAAGCACUGGAAAUAAAUAACAUUGGCUGAGGGAGGGGGGUCUGUUUCCCUUUCCUCUGCUGUUAGCCUCACAAUUUUACCAAUCGCUUACACUAUGGGCCAAGAUUCUGACCCAAAUUGCAGCAUCUUCCUCUCUUUGAUUGUACAGGUUAGAUAAGGUGGAAGUUUUUAUCAGUCUAAGUGGAAGUUAUCUAGAAGCUGUAUGCUUUUAAAAAAAAUCCACACAAAACCUGAAGCUGUUUAUUUUGUUUUUAAAAAUUGUGUUUUAUUGUAAUUGGCUUUCUGUUGUGUCUGUUAGUUGCUUUGAGUCAUUUCCAUGAGUAAAGUGACUAAUUAAUAAUCAUAACAACAACAAUAAUAGAAAUAGAAGAUCCCUGAGACUUUGUACUUCUGUGCAUACAUGCACAGAGACCACCAGCCUCCUGAGACCAUCAGUCCCAGCUUAGUUUCAGUUUUCAGACAUCUGCGUUUUAUCAUAAAUUGUUUAUGCACUUUCAAAGGCUCCCUACAUGUGUCUGCUCUUCUGGAUUUCAAUGAGGGGAUAGGAAAAUGGCUUUCUCGUGAUAAUCUGGACUAUGAGUAAACAUGGUGUCAUGGGACUCUGAAGACCCCAGAGGACAGAUGUUGCAAUAAUGGAUGUUUAAAAAACACACACACACAACAGCCAUAAAAUGCUUUGAUUUAUUUAGAUUAUAGAGUGGGAAAGAAAUGGACUUGGAGAGGAGGCCAGGUUGACAGGAAGAAGGAGGGUUAGUGCUUAUUGCAAAGGCAGAUCCACAUGUUAGAUGGGGUUUUUUUACAGUUUACCUUGGCUUGUCCCAGGAAGAAUAAUUUGUUGCCAAAAAGUGUGAAAUGCUCAGAACUUUUUAAUCAAACCAGAACCUUGCUUGAGACAUUGGUACGUGCCAGAAUAGUAUUAGGGCUCUGACAGUGCUUCCUUGUUACACAUGGGCAUGUAUGAUCUCACUUAAUGACUCAGAUACAUUUUUAAAAGCAAAAAUAAAAUGUAUUUUAUUUUCUUCUAAUUUGUAACAGCUGUGCUCUGCUUGCUUGGCAGAGUCUCGGUCUAGCAAGGCAUUGUGGGAAAUCCUGAAAGUGCAGGCCAGUUUUAAGCAGCAGUUUCUAAAAUAGACAUUGUUUCCAGUAGAUUAGAAGAAGGCAGGAUCCAGGUCCAAAUUCAUAAUUUUUAAAUGGAGUUAAAUGAAGUUUUAACUUGUAGCUUUUAGUGAUAUGUUUUCUUUUUUUCUAUUGUGCAUUAAUGUAGUUAUGAUUUUAACUUAUUGCUGUUUUAAUGUGAUUUGUAAACCACUCUGGAAUUUGAUAAUAAAUAUUCUAAAUAAUAAAUAAAUAAGAUGUUGUUUUAGGUCAAAUUUAUUUAUCUUCCUAGCUGAAUACCCUGGGCAAUUAAAAAAAGAAAAAAGAAAAAUGAGAGGGGAAGAGAGAGUGGCUAUUCCUAGACUCAUUGGUUGUAGAGAGUGCAUGUGGAUCAAAGUUCUACAUUUCCCCCCACCAUCUUCCCUUUGCUCUUGGAUCCACUUAGCUGGAAUAAGGGGUCAUCUGAACCUUUGUAAUGAGCACAUACAAAGAGUUAUAGAGUUGGAAACUGGUACUUCUUUUUGGGGGGGGGGUUUAAUUUUUUUUGAUGACCAUUGCUCAAGUUGUGAGAUAACUUGUUUGGUUAUUUUUCUUUAUAUGUAUUUUCAUCUUCCCUUUCAGACAGACUCUCGAGGUGCCUAACAAAAUUUUGAAAGAAAAGACAUAUUGGAACUGCCAAAACAUUUACAACUAGUUCAGUCAGUAACCAGUCACAAAACAACAAUAAAAUCAAAUGAUAUUAAAAGUCAGAGACCAUAAAAACAUCUUUAUCACUCAAUUAAAUGCAUUGAAUGUAGCUGCCUGAGAAAUUGUCAAGGAGUUCCAGUCCCGCAUAAGACCCCCAAAAUCUGCUCCACAGGGUCCCCCAAGCCUAUACUGUAGAGUAGAUUGUGAGGCUGUAUUGGUGGCUGCAGUGGGGAGGAGAGGAACCCCAUUGCAUGAGCAGAAAUCUUUGAAAUGAAAAGCUGCAUAGCUUUGGCGGUAUCUUUUGGUGUUUGAGUAGGGAUUUCAAAGGCAAAAGCUCAACAAUUUUAGGGUCUUCCUAAACAACAACAAUUGUGAGUAUCCAGCAGUUUCCUCUGCAGAUAGCCUUGUUCGUAAUGCUAGCUGGUUCUGGUUGGAAGUAAUGGUUAGGGGGCCCUGCAGAGCAGAUUUUGCAGGCAUAGAAGGGGGCCUGCAGGGGAUGGGAAGGGGAAGUACUAAAUAUUACCUUCCUGUUCCAUUUGCAGGUGCCUUCUAUUAACAAAGUGGCACCCAUUGGACUUUACUCUUUUUGUGGUAAUACUAACCCAGGAGUAGAAGAAAAGAGGCCACAGGAAAGAAUUAAGCACUACAUUAGGGUUUGUGUGUGCACAUGCGCACAUCUGGGUGAAACAGCUGCAGUUGAGAGAUUUAUCAUUCAUGUUGAUCCUACUAAUCCUCAGUCUGCCUUUUGGCUAGCUGAAAGAAGUACAGGAUUUGGCUAGCAAAGGAUAAACAUGGUGGUUGGCAUAGUUUCUACGUGGCUUAGAGGUGUUGGGCAUGCUGAAUCAGCAUACCUGCUAUUAAGAGAGGAAGAAAAACAACCUUUUGCCUCGAAGUGCCCUUCAAGUGGAUUUCCAUAACGUAUUUCCCCCUCCAUUUCAAGUUAACCUUUUCAGUAAACCCAUAUCUCAUCAUAUUGAUAGGUGCUGCAGACUAGAGGUUCAACAAAUGCCACAACAAUGGAUGAACCCAUGGUUGUUGUUGUUGUUGUUGUUGUUAACAAUGGCCUAAAAUCUGAACACACACUGGCUCAUUCAGGAAAUUGAGAUAUGGAUGGUAUCCACCAUAAGAUCAUUUUUUUUAAAAAUGGCCUUGCAAUGGGGAAAAAAGGUCAAACCUGAUCAGUGGAUUAAUCUACCCCGUAUAAUUCAUGGCUCAGAUUUCCGCAUUUGUAUAUAUAGACUAGCAGGGUCUACUAACUUAGAGUUGGAUUUGCACCUGGUAGAUUCAGUCCUGACGUCAGAUGGCGACUUAGACAUUGGCCUUGGGUAAAUCAUGACCUUUCAGGAUAAGUGAGAUAGAAAUAGCAAUGAAAAGGUAAUGAUGCAAGAAUUUGGUAAAUAUUGAAUAUAAGCUAUGAGUUUUAAAGUUUUUAUAUGACAAGAGGGAAAAUAGAAUAAGGAAACGUAAUGACAGAUUGUUAUGAAAAAACAGAAAGGAUUUGCUGUAAAAAUUAAAAAUAAGAAACAAAAGAGGGAGGAGGAGGAAGACUAGAACGGAAGUCAAUAGAGAUUGUAAAGGACUUUAUAUUUUUGUUUUUCUGUUUCUCUUUUUUUUUUUCUUUGCGGCUGGGUUUUCUUUUCUUUUUUGUUUAUGUACUAUUUUUGUUUUUUGUAUCCGUAAAUUUUUUUUUGGAAAUUUUUGUUGUUAUUUUUUGAAAAUUCAAUAAAUAUCAAUUAUAAAAAAAAAGAAAUAGCAAUGAAGAACCUCAUUGAACUGUGUCUAGGAAAGAGCUGGAAAAGAGGCAUUUUUAAAAGUUUAACCAUAUGGGUAAAAAUUUAACAUAAUAAAUCCUGAUCUGCAUGUUUGCAGCACAGCGUCAUUCAUUAUUGUCCAUUAUCAUGUAUUUAAGUGUUUUGCUGUUUUUAUUAAACAGAAAAUAAGUGCCAGAGGUGCAACAAAAUCAAAGUUGUUGCAUUAACAUAGCCCAUAAUACUAUUUUGACUGUUGUGCCUAAACCCAUGCAGCCUGUUUUGUGCAUCAGCGUGGACCUCAUACAAGAUCACGGCACACAGCAAGAGUAAUAAAUAAGUCAAGCUGUGCACGCAAUUAAUCAAUAUGAUUUAGCAACAAUAAUAUUUUAUAAUUCAGUGGUGGGUUCAGAAAAAAUUCUCAUGGAAAAAGAGGCUGUUGCUUGAACAUAUGGAGAGAAAGAUCCUAAAUUACUGCAGUACAUAAAAUUAUAAUGUUGAACUGUAAUGUGAAUGGCUAAGUGAAGUGUGCCAUAUAAACACAUAAUAAAAUGUAAAAAAUGAGCUGUAUGUGCCCAGCAUCUGCCCACACUUUGCCUACAUUGAGGCCAGAAUAAUCUGCUCUUUGUUUAUAUUAAUACUGAAAAAGGCUCCCCCCCCCCCCCGCUUUUUUGCAAGCUAAACUAGUCACACAUCUCCCUCCUCUCUGGAUACUAGUGACCAUAAGCUGCAAACUGACAUCUUCCAUCAAAGGAAACUACUGAGUGGUUUAUCUGUUGAGAUGCAAGCAUUUCUAAACUAUGCAAGGCAGAGUGAUAACGAGAUUGGAAGAAAGGUAAGACAUUACAGUUUGGACACAAUGCGAAGUCAUGUGUAGUAAUAGCUAGUAUCCAUAUUCUUUUCCUAGUGCUGAUAACAAUUCAGUGCAGCCCCUGAGGGCAGGAAUGAGCUCUGUGGCCACCCAAAACUCUUCCAAUUAAUUUUAGUGAAUGAUGUGAAGGAUUUUAAUAAUUUCCUUUAAUUUAAGGGAAAGGGGUAGGUUUUUGACAUUCAUUGACCCAUGGAUAUACUUGAAAACAUAUAUAAAAAAAAUUCUGAAACCAAGUUUUAAAAAAAGAGUAGUUUUCAGCUAUCUUGGUUUCUUAGCCCUAUCUCAAGAUGGAAUCAAUUCUCUCUCUCCCCCCCCCCACAAUGCUGAACAAGUUGACAUCACAGAAAUAACCAGUCCCUUUCAGUUGGUCUGUUCUUUUUGAUACAAGCAAAGAAACUCUACUAGCUUGAUGACUGCCAGGGUAAGUGUUCAGGAGCUGUACGUGUGUAUGGUUACGCUGUGGGAAAUCCUGUCUGACACUACUGUUGAGAUAGUCCAAAACUGAUUUGAGCUGUUCACUACAUCUGGCACUGUGCUUUUCAGGGACUGAAGUGCCUGUUUCCCAUUCAGAACAGACUGUACCCCAGAGUGAUGUGACCUCUCGUCUCCUCUUCCAGCCACAUUCCUUUUUUACAAUAACAAAUCAUUCCCAUGAUAGGCUCCCAACUAUUUCCUGUUGAGCAGUUCUGUGGUAGGGGCAAAAAGGGUGACCAGAAUCAUUCCUGUUGCUACAGUAUAAAUCCUAAAGGAAUAGUGGUGGUUGAGGGAGGAAAAAAAUAAACAACUGUCCAUGGAGAAAGAUAAGGGCUGUGUAAACACAAUGAGGCUUUUUCUGGGUUUAUUUGGACCUCACCAUAGCUGGCACUUGGAUGGAUUAUGAACGUAUGCAUAUAUUCUUACAUUCUGAAGAUGUAGGGGGCUAAGGAGGGUACUGUGCAAUCAGCUUGUCAGAGGAUGCUCACUUGAGCUCCUUUCUUCAGUUCUGGAACAGUACUUUUCUAGUUCUUCUCAUCCUUUGAUUACUUGGGGAUGAGCGGUAGCUGCAUCAUAUUAUACUUGACUGCUACACUGUUAAGCUGCGUGUGAAAAAGACAUUGUGCCUCUGCCUAUUUCCUUGAAGUGAGGAGUAAAGAGGUGAGGUGUACCCAGUCCAUGCGGCACAGAGACAGUCACUCUGCCACUGCACAGUGCCAACUGUUGAUGCAACCUGCUGAUGAGCUAUGAUAGAAAUUAUUCUGACAAAGGACCAGUUACACCUGCCAAGAUCCCCUCUUCUACAGAGCAACAGUGUAAGAUCCUCAUUCUCAGUCGAUUGCAUAUGGUCUGAAACUCUCCAGAUGUUUUGUACUACAACUCCCAGCUCUGAUUGGAGUUGUGGCCCACAGAAGCCAAAGGGCACUACACUGAGAAAGGCUGACGCAAAUGUCACCCUUUAGUAAUAACAGCUGCUGCAAAAUGGGUUUUCUCUGUUAGAGUCUUAACAAUGCAAGUUGAAAAGGCAGAAACACAAACACCCAACACAGAGUCUGGACUCUUGAGGGUCACGUAUGAGUCUGGAUCACAGAUCUUGCUGGCCACACAUAAGAGAUUCACAACUUCCAUACGACAGCCAACUAUUUGGCCAUUAAAGAAGGUGGACAUUAUUUUCCUCUUUUCUUACUUACCUCUUGAUGUAAGCAGGGAAAAGUAACAUGGAAAGAGGUUCAAAGAGAUAAAAAGGGCACACUCACUUUUGCAGUUCUGCUACAAACACUAACAUAUUUUUUAUUGCAGCCCCUCUCUUCCAGCCUAACCCAACUACAGCUUAUCCUUUUAACCAUUUUAUCACCUCUUACUCAUCCACCCCAACUUCUUGAUAUGCCUUCCUAUCUCCAGAUGCAAAUGCAUGACGUUAAUUAUUUGUAUUCCAUCUGGUAAGGUCAAAUGUGUGGCAUUUGAUGGAAUCCACAUGGAUUUUAAAUGAAAUGUAGUCUUUGAGUCAGCAUGAAAGCCCUUUCUAGGAGUAUGAGAACAGCUUUAGUGAGCAACAGAAAGAUUUGUUCUCCAGCGUAGUACAUUGAACCCUUCUGGGAAAGGGCCACGUUGAAUAAACAGAAGUGCCCCCUCUCUUAUUUUCCUUUUAUCUCUUCCAGUCACGAAGUCACAAUUUGAAAGAAAAAGAGCUAGGAAUGAUGAACAUUUUCACAGAGAUUGGAAAUCCUCAAUAUUUUCUCGAGGUAUUCAUGUUUAAUCAUUCCACCAAGGCAGAUAUACAAGGGACAAUGUAAAGACCCCAUUAUAAGCACUACUUCAUACACUCCAACAUUUCUCAAAUGAAAAUAGGGAUGUCCCAUUCCAUAACGCUAAUUUUACUAUUUAUACCCCACACUGCUUACUGGGUUUCCCCAGCCACUCUGGGCAGCUUUCAACAUAUUAAAAAACAUCAUUAAACAUUAAAUAUUAAAAAAAAUUCCUAUACAGGAUUGUCUUCAUACAGGUCAAGAGUAAAAUAACUCCAUACCCUCCAACAUUUCUCCAAUGAAAACAGGGACAUCCAACCAUACCCUCAAACAUUUCUCCAAUGAAAAUAGGGACAUCCUAAGGAAAAGUGGGACAUUCCGGGAUCAAAUCAGAAACUGGGAUGGCUUCUCUAAAUCAGGGACGUUCUUGGAAAAUAAGAUACUUGGAGGGUCUGCUACUUUACUGCAAAUUGUCCUAUUAAAAUGAGCUAGGAACACAGAUGUGAGAAGGCUAUCUGAAAUAACACUGUAGCAAUUGCCUCUCACACUGCUUUUGAUUCUAGCCUUCAUUUUAAAUGAUGUUUUCACAUGUGAUGCUAAAAUAAAAGCAUAUUUAAGCCUCUUUGGCGUCACAAUGCAAAAUGUGAAUCUUGUUAAUGUGGAAGGUUUUGCAGCAGAGACAAUAGGAUGAACAGUGUAGGCAACAUUGGCUCUGCAUGCACAUUAUUAGAUAGAUUUAGAGCAACCAGUUUCAGCCUUAUUUAUAAAAUCUCUCUAAAUUGGGAUCAGUGCUGAUUCCUGCUAAUCAACAGGCCCUGAAAAUCCCUUUAAAGGUUCAUUCAUAUUAAGGAGCACUCUACUUGCUUCACUUUUCUCAUUUCACAUCAUUUUCCUUUUCAUGCUAUGUCCUACUUUAUUUUGAAAUAGAUUUUAUUCUCACAGACCAACCCCUUCUAUCAAGAUUGUAUGUAUAGGGUUUUGUUUUUUUGUUUUUUAAAGGGCUGGUAUAAUUUUAGAGAAGUUGUGUUCAACCUGUUCUGAGUGGAGUCACACUCCCCUUAAAGGAUCAGAUUCACAGUUUGGUGGUACUGAUACAACCAUACCUCACAGUGCCUACAGGGGCUGCAUGAACCACAGCCCCUCCUGGAUAGAGACAGCCAACAUGGCCACUCCAAAACAUUGUACAUGGAACUGCCUUUGAAGACUUCUAUGGAACUUCAGUUAGUACAAACGCAGUGACUAGUUUGCUAAAUGGGAUGGGUUAGUUGCUACCUAAAUGGUUUGGGAGCUGACUGCCUGAAGAACUGCCUUCUUCCACACAAGCCUGCCUGAACCCUCUGUUUUUCACUGGAUAACAUUCUUGGUGUGAGAUUAGACAGAGGUGACUGGACAGAGACAGGCUCUUUGGUCAUAGUGCAAUGAAUGCCCUUCCUAUGAAAUGCAAUCUGGCAUCAAUUCUGCUGUCCCUUUGGUACCAGAGAAGACAUUUUUAUACUCCCAGAAAUGUAGUAUAGUAUAGCUCUGAUAGAUUUUACUGGUUUUAUGGCCUCUGUUUAUAUGCUUUUAUUUUUGGUUUCGUGCUUUUUUAUUCAGAGCCGAUCAGUUGUACGCUGUGCUAGAAUUUUUAUGCUGAGAGUGAUCUAGAAAUUAUAUUAGCUAAAUAGGUCUAAUUAAUGAUUUUUAUUUUUUUUUAGAUUGUAGAGGUUGGCACUAGUGAAAACUGUGUCUCUUUAAUCUAUAAAUAGUCUUCAUUCAUAAACAUAGAGUAAGAAACGUUACACUGCAGCAAAAAUAUUCAAAUCUAUUUUUUUUUAAUAUAAAAUAAUUGCCAGAUCUCCUGGCAUACCAGCUCCAGUUUAAAUCUAUGAUCUUCACAUGUAAUUGGAAAUUGUGGCAGUAUAUAUAGAAUUGGUUUAAAAUUCAUAUUACAAUUAAAAUAAAUCUGAUCUGCCCUAGAAGAAAAUCCUUACUUUCCAUCAGGGUUGUUUUACAAUGGAGAUGGAUAUAAAUGCAACUAGGCUGCUUAUAUGGCAUAUGACUGUUUAAAAAGCUAAGUAAACAGGAAGUAAAUUCUUCCAUGUGAACAAGACCUGGGAAAGCAGAAAAAAAAUCACAAGACUUUGGGAAAAGUUGAUGAAUAAAUCAGAAACACAUUAAGAUUUGCUGGUAAAUCAAUUAAUUCAAGCUGAAGUGAUGGAAUAAGAAAAAUAUCUGGUGACCACACGUAAUUUAAAAACUCAUUUCCCCUUCAAAGCUGAGCAGGCAACCAGGAGGCCAAGACACAACGUCCUGGUUCAACAGCAGUUGUUGCAGCCAGGCCUGGCACAGUCUUUAGGAGCUCUGCUGAUGCAGUGUAAGAUUUUGGCAUGACUUCUGGUUUAGUUUUUGCUUCUCAUGCCAUCAUGGGAAGAAAGCUGUCUUUUUGCAUUAUUCUGUCCAGUAAAUCCAAAAUAGUGCUGACACUAGUGCUACUUCUCUUUAUGUUGGAUAUGCUACUACUACUACUUAUAAUUAUUAUUUAUUCAUUAAGUUCAACAGCAGCCGCAAAUAGCAGCUUCCCUCAUGUGCCAAACAGCAGUUUCAGCAGGGGCAAGUUUCACACUGGAAAGUGUUACACUCCUAUCCUUUUGCACCAUAGUCUAGAUCAUGGGUAGGCAAACUAAGGGCUGGGGCUGGAUCCAGCCCAAUCGCCUUCUAAAUCUGACAAGCGGACAGUCCAGGAAUCAGCGUGUUUUUACAUGAGUAGAAUGUGUGCUUUUAUUUAAAAUGCAUCUCUGGGUUAUUUGUGGGGCAUAGGAAUUCGUUCACCCCCCCAAUAUAGUCCAGCCCCCCACAAGGUCUGAGGGACAGUGGACCGGCCCCCUGCUGAAAAAGUUUGCUGACCCCUGGGUCUAGAUCCUGAUCCCCACCACCAACGGCUACCAUUUAACUUACAAAUGUGGAAACUUUGAUCACCAAACAGUAUGUUUAACAUAAAGUGUAGUUUGGCCUGUAGUUGAGUUGGUAUUACUAUCUAGAUAUUAUAAACUGGGAUUUUUGACAUGGUGACAGUGCAGAAUCUGACAUUCUGCAGCCAUAGUGCGGCCUACCAAGUCCCAUAGCCUUCCCACCUGGCGAAUCUUCAGUAUAUGAUUGCACCCAAACAGAUUUAUUUGUGGCAUUCACUUUUAUGGUCCUGCAUCUGGGGGUCUAGGCUGUUCAAAAGUACGACAUGUUAAAUGGUUUAGGCUUUAAGGUAUUUCCUGUUUGUCAGCCUUUUAUCUGUGCUCUGGAGACAGCGACUCGUCACUUUUCUCACGAGGAUAAAGUUUGGUGACUGAGCCAUAAUGGCAAGGACCAGUGUUUAAUUUCCAGGGGGAAAGCUGAUUAAAUCUACUUGAGAGCCACAUCCUGUGGACCAUAAAAAUGUUUUUAAAGUAAAAUAAAUAAAUACUUAUGUUAGUAUGGUAACAUAGUGCUGGCUUGAUUUCCACUAGUAAUGCAGUUUCUUAGUCCCACUAUUAACUCCUUGCUGCAGUGAGAAAUAGCUCUGUACUGUGCCUGUUUGCUAUUCCACCCCCCUUAAAAUCAAAAAUGAAACCAGAGUACAUGCAUGCUGCAGAGGUGAUUACUGAAGAGCAGGAAUGCAGAGCCAAAGAGGAACAAAACAGGAAGAAACUAGAGGGCAGGGGAUGAAAGUGCAGUGAGGAAAGGUGCUGGUGUUCACCAGGAUUAUUAUGUUUUUUAAAUGUAAAGGUUAUAUGAACCUGAUAGUCUGGUAGGGCAGAGAAAGCUCAGCUUCUUAGAAAAGCAAUUUUAACAUGGGCAAAUAGCAUUCCAAAAGGUGCCAUGAGCAGCAAUGAGCAGGAGUAUGCCUUUGGUCACCAAUGACGCCAUGGGCACCAUCCGUCAGCUGCCCAUGACAUCCAAGUGAAGUCCUUCCACAAGGCACAAUCAAUCAAAAUUGGAGCACUAGCAGAGCGGGUGGGUGGGGGAACUUAGGAGGGGGUUGCAUUUCCCAGCAACAUUAACUUGUGGUUUGAGGGCUUGCAAAAUGAAAUUUCCCCACAACUGAUGUACUAUCUGGAGGGAAAACAUUUGGAUUUCCUGUGCAGCUGAGUGAUGUCUGCACAUUCCCUUGAAACAGUUGUCUGGAAAGGGACUACUUCUUGGGAAAAGAACAUUUAUUUGCUUCUUUGUUUUUCUAGCCUUCUUCAACCUGAAAGUUCAAGAGGAUAACAAAAAUACGUAUUUUUUAAGAGUGAGAUGUCAUUAUUAAAAGCUACCCUAUGUACACCUUCUGUCACCUUCACUCUGAAAGCUAGCCCAGACUGACAGGACUCUGCUUGGAUUUUAUUACACCUACAGGGUGAGACUGUUCCAUAUCUAGGGAAUGGUCACAGAGAAUGCCUCAUUGCUGUGUGAAAACAGUAUCAGAAAGAAGAUGUUCUUGGCGGAUCUUACAGAUUGGAAUGGGAUAUAUGGGAGGAUCUAGUUUUGAUGGUAUAUGGGGCUUAAACCAUUUAAGACCUUUUAUGUAGGCUAAAACCAGGAAAGAGAAGGGAGCUAAUGAUCACGGCUGCAAUAUUCUUCAGGUGAGUUGUACAAAUCGCAUAACAGAGAGACGAAUCCAAUUUUGAUACAGCAAGCAGGUGUGCGAGUGAAGGGUGCUGGUUCCUUCUCAUAGUCCCCAUCCCAGGUUGCUGAGCUAAGCACUCAGGGAAGCAAACUGGGGGAAUAAGCCACUAGGGAGGAGAACACUGUACUCCUCAACCAUGCUCCCCCUUUGCUGAUAAAAUCAGAUCCACAAAUGUUAUUUAGAUAUAUGAUAUGGGCAUGCUCUCUUCAGGCAGAGAGUUACAGCAAGUGCUGCUUCUAGCUGAACAAGUUGCUAUCUCGUGGCAAUCCUAGCCAACAUUUCCCCUCAAGCGUUUUUAAUUUCCCAGGAAUUUGCCAUCUUCUUUGUUCUUUUGAAAGUGGAACAUUCUCCUUUCUGUUUGUUUCUUUGGCUCUGUGGUUUUCCUUUUCCAAGCAUUUUCCCCCCAGCACAAGGGAUGAACUAGGAUUUUGUGAGGAAGAGGCUAGUACUUUUAGUGAGCGAAGCUCAAUCUGGUUUGCUGUUAGUGGUUAUAGUAGACUAUUCUAUUCUAGUCUACUAACAUGAGUUUGACCAAACUGAGGGAGGCAGUGGAAGACAGGAGUGCCUGGCGUGCUCUGGUCCAUGGGAUCAUGAAGAGUCAGACACGACUAAACGACUAAACAACAACAAUAUGACACAAAUUGGUUGUUUUACUUCGCUCUGGCCAAACAGUGAGUGAGUGAAUGACAGUCAAAGAGAAGAAAAGCUUUUGAAAGAAACAGAGUACAAGGUAAAGGAUGGGGGAAAAGAAAUUGACUGGACCAUAAGUGUUUUGUGACAUAGCCUAGUGAAUUUCAUAUCUGAGCUGUUCUGCCAGGCCUUUGGUCUGGGCCCAGUCUGACCCCCUUUUUUCUGUGGGACGCUGUAUGUAAGUGGCUUCCUUGGCUCUUUCUAUCAGCCCAUAUGAGACCAGCACGGGUGGGUGGGCCUGGUGAACAUUUAAUAUUCCUUACCCCUAUGGCUGUGAUUUGUGGGUUCCCACUUAAUUUUAUUCUGAUUUUGAACUGUAUUUUAACCAAUUGUUUGAUUUUGUGUUUUUAUGUAUUAUAUAUUUGGUGUUGGCCGCCCUGAGCCCGGUCUUGGCUGGGGAGGGUGGGGUAGAAAUAAUAAUAAUAAUAAUAAUAAUAAUAAUAAUAAUAAUAAUUUUAUCCUCCCUUUGAAUCCUAUGGGAAUAAAGGGAGCAGCUGUGCAUAGGAAAAUUGAAUGAAUAGGCAUUUCCCUAUAAAUGAGAUUCUCACCCCAUUACAUUUUACAGUGGUACCUCUGGAUGCGAACGGGAUCCGUUCCGGAGCCCCGUUUGCAUCCUAAGCAGAACACAACCCAUGUCUGGACAUGCAUGGGUCGCUAUUCGCCGCUUCUGCGCAUGCAUGUGAUGUCAUUUUGAGCGUCUGCACAUGUGCGAGUGGUGAAACCCGGAAGUAACCCAUUCUGUUACUUCCGGGUCACCGCAGAACCCAACCUGAAAAUGCCCAACCUGAAGCUACUUUAACCCGAGGUAUGACUAUAUACAGUUAUCAAGCUACUAUUGUGAUAUGAAGGUUAAUCCUUGUGGGAUAUGGAGAAGUUCUCACUUCUGUUCAGAAAUAGUAAUACUCUAAUCCUAUGCAUGCACAUUGCGUUUAGUGUAACUUAUACCCAAAUAUGUGUACAUAGAAUGGCAGCCUAACUUUUCUGGAAUUAUCCAUUUAUUGUUUUACAACACUUGCCCAUAAUGCAUAUGUAUCAUAAUGGUUCACAAAGCACUUCACAAUAAUAAAAUCAGGCUGAUAGAUAGAUACUCAGAGUGAUAGAUCUGGAAUAGCAAGUCUUGUAUCAUGUGUUGUAUCAAGGAACGUCCACCAGGGGGGUAGGGGUAAGGAGAUGUUUUUAAGAGUCAUAUUUUUGAGAGCCCUUUCCCCAGUUAAACUGGUGUUUCUGCUGCCAUCUCUGGGCAUGUGGUAUCAAUCGAUCACAGUUCAUAGAGCUAUUACGAGCAAAGGCCACUGGAGUCACUAUGGAUGAGUGAUGUACAAAGACCCCUGCCCAGCCUUCUUGCUGCUGAUGGUGGUGGCAAAGAAAGCUCAUGAGGGAGGGAGGAAUCUUCUUUGCAGGCCAACAUGUGUCCCUAUAGUUCCAUAAUUCUAGUCACUAGAACUGUGGAAUGAUAGAAUUAUGGCCGAAUAUGUCUUCUUCAAACAAAGUCUUUAAAAAAAAAAACCUUGCGAAAAUAUUCAGUACAUACUUAACACAAGAAAUAUGAUAAACAGAUUGUAUAAGCUGGAAUCUGUAAUGUACUAAUCUCUGCAUGCUGGAAAGGCACAUAUUUCAUUUUGCUAAGGAAAACAUAUCAUAGGAAGAGGCGUACAAAUUACACCAACUGUCUAUUGGAAUUUACAGUGGUGCCCCGCAAGACGAAUGCCUCGCAAGACGGAAAACCCGCUAGACGAAAGGGUUUUCCGUUUUGGAGGUGCUUCGCAAAACGAAUUUCCUAUGUGCUUGCUUCGCAAGACGAAAAUGUCUUGCGAGUUCCUGCGGGGUUUUUUUCCUCCCCCCCCUUUUUCCCAAGCCGCUAAGCUGCUUAUCAGCUGAUCCUUAAGCCGCUUAACAGCUGAUUGCUAAGCCGCUUAUCAACUGAUCCGCUAAGCCCGCUAAGCCGCUAAUACUGUAGCGCUAAUCCGCUAAACCGCUAAUGGGCUUGCUUCGCAAGACGGAAAAACCCGCAAGACGAAGAGACUCGCGGAACGGAUUCUUUUCGUCUUGCGAGGCACCACUGUAUUUAUUCUUUCAGUGGUCUCAGCCAGAUAGGAUUCUAUCCCAAGUAUUGGUGGUGGGUAGGGAGCUGGGUGAGUGAUUCAGAUUCCAGCAAGGCAAAGCCAGUUUCCAGUUCUAGUAAGGCAAUGCCAAAUAUGGUAAGAGUCAAGUUCCAGCAAGGCAAAGUUCAAGCAAAGCAAGUAGCACCCUGGAUAGCUCCAUGCAAAGCUCAGGCUGAAAGGUCAUGCAAGCAAAUUCGAAAGGCUUCAAUGGCAGGCAAACACAAAGCGAGCCCUAAAUAGAGCUGCAGCUCUUUCCGGGGCGGUGAUCUCCCCUUCCGGUGCUCAAAGCCUCUUCAUUUAAAGGGGUCUGGCCCAAUUCAGCAACCAGGGGAAAUGAUGGUUUCACUGAGGCAAUGUGAACUCAACAGACUAGGGAGGUGCUGGCAACUCAGACUCUGCUUUUGCUAAACCUUCUAGUGCAGUGGGAACAUAUGGCAGUGAUAUUUCCUCUGAAUCCCUGGCCUUGUCCCUUGAAGAGUCAUGACAACUUUCAAAGAGUCAUAAGAAGACAAUGAAUUUCUAAUUGGCCACUGCGCUUAGGAAAGUUGGGGGUUUUUUUUAAUAGAAUCAGUCACACACCAUAUCAUAUAUAGGCAACAGCAAAUCCAUAUGCAACCCCAUAUAUUUUAGAUUUUUUAAAAGAAAGGAUUUUAAAUAAACUGUGAGUGUUAGAGAUCAAUCACAUAACCAGGCACAGCACACCCAUGAGGCAAAAGUGCUGAUCUCACCAAAACCUGACAAGAUAUUGUGGAGUGCACAACAUCUCACAAGAUUUCAGUGAGAUCUUGCUGGAAAACAGCACCACUUCUUCACUGAGUGGCAAUACAGGAUGCAUUGUCCUGCUCAUCGUCAUUCACUAUUUUACUAAAAGUACACUGAGUGGCAUACUGAAUAUACAUAAGAACAUAGUAAAAAGUACUACAGCCAGUUUCUAAAUAAAGAGUGUAAGCCUCCAUCUUCAGGCUCACUGUCUCAUCUGUAAAGUGGGAAUAAAAGGAAUUUACUCCACAGUUAUAUAAUUUGCUAACUUGGGGGGGGGGGAGAAUCACUGUAUAACCCCCAAGUGUUAUGAUUAGUAAUCCUCACAUGUACAGGAGAAGUGUUGUUGCUCAGAAGACAUAUAUAAAAACCAGAUGAGUUGUAGUGGUUUCAAACAUACACACUCUGUACACCUACUAUAUCCAGCUAGUAAAAUAAAUUGGCCCUUAGAUGACGCAGGAAGUACCAUGAGUCGUCACAAAGAUGCUUCAUAGCUCAUUAAUCUGGAAUGCUGUGGUUAUGAUCCUAUGCUAACUCUGUUCCAAAAUUAAAGCUGAGGAAUUAUGAGCAAUCCCUGCAGACUCUGUUUGGAUCUUCAGCAAUCAGCAUGCACUCAAUACACAACCAACCUAUAGCGUGGAGGAAGAUAGCAUAGGCUGGCUGUUCACCAACAUUGAUCCAGUGUAUGACCAGUCCAAGGAUUUGCACUUUGUGGACUUGUCUUCUGUAUGAGGCUCGCUUCAGUGUUCAUUGUCAAAAGGUUGGCAGCAAAAAACCAUAUUGAACUUUUGAUUACCUUGGAUUUCCUCUCUCCACCUACACUGGUGGUCCCUGUCUGAGGUUGAGAAAGAGGAUGUUAGUAAUUAAGUCUACAGGGAGAAGAUGUCUCCUGUGGAAUUGCUAGUCACAUUUGUAAUCCCAUGUUUUCUCCAAAGGAACUUGGGUAUUCUCCAGCUUUCUACUCACAAGAAUUUGCUUUUUUAACAGGGCAUUGCUUGCUACGAAAGGAACUCCCAUGAUGCGACUUCUGUUUUUGAAGAUGCUCCUCUUCUUGCUGUUCUUUCUCACAGGUAAGCAAACACAGAUGACUAAGUGUGUCUUUGUGAACUGCUCAAGGAAUCCCCAUGGUGCACAGGACAGAUAAAGAGAAAAGGAGGUGCAGAUAUGGCAGUUCUCCUGUUGAGACAUGUCCCCCUGUCUUAGCCAUGUGCUUGCAGUCUUAGUGUGCAGACCCAGUAGCAUUUAAAUGAAAGACAUUUUUUUCCCCUCAUAGGCUGCAACAUGCUCAUUUUCCUGUUCUUGUAGGGCAGGCCUAUACAACUUGCAAAACAGGAAUAAAUACACAGCCCACAAUUCCCUUUAUAACAGCUAUGAGGAACUAGAUUUAGGUUGCAGACAGAGGCUUGAAUGAACCCAAGUAUGUGCAAUGUGCUUCUGUAUAGGCAAGGGAGAGGCUAAUUUUGCUUAUCAGUGGUAGCCUCUAAAACAAGAAUGGGGAGCCUGUGGCUCUCUAGAAGUUGCUGGACUUCAACCCCUUUAAUCUAUGGCGAUUGGCCAUGCAGGCUGGGAAUUGGAAUCCAACAACAUCUGGAGGACUUUAGGUUCUCAAGCUCUGUCUUGAAGGUCGGAGGCUUUCUCGAGCAUGUGGUAGUUUAAUGUUUAAAUGUUCUCUUUUCUCCCUAUAGGGUGUUAUUCAUAGGUUAUCAAUAAAUGCCAAAAGUAAAUAAAUAUCAUUUAUUUUGUUGUUUAUUAUUUAUUUAAAACAUUUAUAUGCCACCUCUCUUUAAAGUAAUUUCUCUGCCUUGUAAGUGAAACGAUUCAAAAUGAUUCAAUAUACAAUUGCAAACAAUCUGAUAAGAACCGCAUAUAUCACAAUACAUAAACAAAAAGGGGUGGAAUGGGCUGCUGCCACAGAGGGUCCAAAACCUUUAGGGAGAUUUUAAGGGGCAUAUAAGGGUUGCUAUCAGAAAAGGGAAGUUGAAACUACCCUGUGUUUAAGCAGAAGUACCCUCAUGCUUCUCUGAAGCUAAACCAAAUUAAAGGAUUGUGGGGGGGUUUUCAGAAAGUUUACGUCACUUUUUAAAAGGGAUGCUUCUGGUGGUUUGCUGUACACUCUUCCUGCUUUUUUCAGAUGUUGUGUGGUAUUGCUUCAAAAAAUUGCAAAACCUGCUUUAUCAGAAGUGACAGUGGGAUGAAAGAAAUGUUUGUGUGUACAUAGUAGGGUUGUCAGCUUUUCAUCAUGUUGCUGUGUCCUGAAACCCAGGCAGAUGGGCAGGAUAUAAAUAAAUUAUUAUUAUUAUUAAGCAGCUUUAUGUGCAAACAUUAGCAGGUUGGCACAUCCACUCAGUGAAACGCUUCGCUUGAAGUUGCCAUUGCUGUUGGAUGGACUGAGUUCACCUUGGUCGCUUAUAAACAGCAAUGCUUAAGGAAUUCAUUAUUUGUGAAUUUCAGUAUGAACUGAUCUGAUCCACAUCUCCUGGAUUAUUAUGCAGAUUGAAGCACAGUUAUCCCUCAGUCUUUGCACCUUUCUUGGCUUAAAAAAAAUACCCUAAUGCAUAUAAAGAUGGAGAAAUACAUUUAGAAAUGUGUGUUUUGAGGGGGGGAGUUUCAAAAUGUAUAUUUAUUAGAAAAUACAUUCAAAAAUAUGAAUUUUGAAUUAUUUUAAAACUGGAGAUUAAAUGGAGAAAUGGAGCACAUGCAAACCAAUACAGACCAGAAAUAAAGUGAUCUGUUCAUCCCUAUUUGCAAAUUGUGCAGGUCUCUUAUAGUGUUUUUCUCCUUCUUUCUACACAAAUGGAAGAUUUCUGGCAGAGGUUUUCUGGCAGCUGAAGAAGCUGUCUCUCCUUAAGGCAAGGGACCUUCAAAAUAAAGAUUUUGUGCCUUGGCACCAAAUGAAACAUGAGUACCUUCACUUUCUUUACGCUCCAAGAGCAAGGCCAGAACUGCUUCCUAGAUGCCCACGCUUAAAGCUUACUGCUUCACAGUCUUCACUGCUGUCCCUCAACAUCCUGUUUUCCCCCUGCUACAAUUACACCUUUUAUUCAUGUUAUUUUGUAAAUGUCCUGAGCAUAGUAAGUCUCUGUUGCUGUAUUUGUGGGGAACAUUUAUUUUUUAUUUAGAUGUGGGCAAAAUAUGUUUAAAAAGCAGAUCAGGGUGGCUGUUCAUUUGUCUUAAAACAAAAACAAAAACAAAAGUCUUUCAAAUAUUUUGGGUCUCUUUAUUAUAUUUUUCUGUUUUGUUGUGUAUUAUUUCAUUGUUUUUAACAUUUGUAAGCCACCUCUUAAUGGAAAGGCAGGGUACUGAAAAGCACCAUAAAUAAAUAAAAUAAUCCAUAUUUUGGAAGCUCAGAUUGAUGAGUUUUGAAAUCCUGGAAUUGGCAGUACUACAUGGAGAGAUAGCCUGGUGAUAAAUCUGCAAGAAUCUUUCUGUCUUUCUAGCUGCAGUACACAUUUCUAAACUGAAGCAUUUUGCACUCUCCUUUCAUUGUCCUAUGCAAUGGGGAACGAUUUGUGACAGUUGUACUUCCAUGACCAAUAUAAUAGCUGUGGGAGCACAAUUACACAAUGAGAAGGAGGACAGUUAAGUGGAGUAUAGCAUAUCCUUCUUAUAUGGCUGUUUCCACUCUCUAGUAACAUUGGGAAACCUCUCUGCAAAAGCUAGGAAGCUGGCAGCUGUGAUGGGCUCAUAGGAAGCAAUUCAGGAAGACAUUGUCUACCUUGACAUUUCCGAAAGAUUUCCUGGCAAUUUUACUUUUAGUGUUGUUGUGAUUUUCCUCUCACAUUUGGAACAUGACUAGAUCUAUCCAAUACAACAUGCAAAUGAAAUCACAUAAUGGAAAUAAGUGUCAUGGAUGACACUUCACCUUUUAAAUACAUGAUAGAAAAAAGCAAUGAAAUGCAGUUUGUUCCUAUGAGUCUCCCCUUCUUCAACUUAGUAUUAAAAAGCCAGAAUAUUAAACGUUCUAGGAGAAGGAAAUAUAUGCAUUAUCCUGUGGCUUUCCUAUGGCCAGGCAUAGGCAAACUUGGCCCUCCAGCUGUUUUUGGACUACAACUCCCAUCAUCCCUAGCUAACAGGGCCAGUGGUCAGGGAUGAUGGGAGUUGUGGUCCCAAAACAUCUGGAGGGCCGAGUUUGCCUAUGCUUGCCUUUGGCCCUGUGCUGAUGUCUGACAGUGCAAUCCUAUACAUGUCUACUCAGAAGUAAAUUUUAUUUAAUGUAAUGGUAUCUGUCUCUUGGUAAGUGCGUAGAGGAUUGCAACCUUAAUUAUCUAUUCACACCAUAUAAUCGUCAUUGAGCAAAUCUGUGCUUUCUUUAUAAUGUUUGGUUUUGCCAUAACAAAGAAAUUAAGGACCAACACCAGGCUCUCACUUUUGGUUGAGAAAUAGUAGGUGGAGAAAGAGGCCAAUUAUCUCAUAUAUGCCUAUGAAUUUUCAUGAAACAUCUGUGAUUGACCAGUGUGUUAGAACCACUAAAGCAAUCAGGAUUGUGGUUGAGCUUUGCAUGCAAUUCAAGAGUUAAAACAAUGAAUGCAUGAUUAAUGAUUAAUGACUACUGCCAUGUAUUGUAAGUUGCUUGGAGACCUUUGGGUAACAAGCAGCUAACAAGUUUUAACAUCACCACCUCAGCUUCUGAACUGUGGGACUUUAGUGUUUCUCUUAUGAUUUGUUUUUCUUCAAGGAUUGCCACAAACCAGCUCCCUGGAGAUUUCUCCUAAUGACCAAGAAGUCAUCCUCAGUCUCUACAGUGAUUUUUCUGUGAUAUGCUCAGGGCAGAACGAGAUUUACUGGAAAAAGGACAGCAAACACGUAUUAGACACUGGGCUGGAGAGAAGGGACAACACUUUUAUUAGCGUCCUUACACUCAGGAAUGUGACUGGCUAUGAUACGGGUGAAUAUUCCUGUCUCUACAAACAAUCGGCAGAGGAAAAAGCCAUCUACAUUUUUGUACCAGGUAUUGGUGAUUGCAGUGCUUUGCUGCUUUUAAGUCUCUGGGUUGGUGUGCAUGCAUGGAAAUCUGGAAGACUAGGAUAUAUAGGAGGAUGUUGAAGAAAGGUGAUCUCUGGUGUGGUCUGGGACUGUGAAUGCUACAGGUUAUAACUUUGUGGCAUAUGCAUAUUCCACAAAACCCUACCAUCUUCAGAGAUGGCCCACCUUAAAGAAAUAAUUUAACUUAGAUAUAUAUAUAAUCUUAUUUUGCAACAACUCCAGUCUGACAAGAAGGAAACGCUGCUUUGUCCAAGCUAGAGAGAAAAUAGGACUGUAGUAUUCCAGUAACACUAGACCUGAUGCAGAGUCUCUUCCAAUUCAGCCUUAUUCUGUAUUGUUUUUAAUACUAAUAAUAUUUUAAUAUUCAGCUGGAAGCCGCCCAGAGUGGCUGGGGAAACCCAGCCAGAUGGGUGGGGUAUAAAUAAUCAAUUAUUAUUAUUAUUCAUUGUUCAGUUUACAAAUGUCUUAUGCCAGGAAUUCAUCUUUUUUAUUAUUGCUACUGAAUAUUAUAUGUGCUGUUGCAUAAUUAAUUGGUUUCUCUCCACCUUCUUCUACCUAUAGACCCCUCUUUGCCAUUCGUACCUAGCAGCCAAGAGGACACAUUUGUUUUCACCACAGGCCAUGGUGAAGACAUUAUCCCAUGCCGUGUGACAGACCCCAACACAAGAGUGACCCUUUAUGAAAAGAAGAUCGAUGACCCAAUCCCCAGCACUUAUUUUGCACAACAAGGCUUCAAGGGGUACUUUGAAGACACGUCCUACAUCUGCAGGGCAACAUUAGACGAGCAGGAGUUUGACUCAGAAACAUUUUAUGUGUACAGCAUCCAAGGUGAACCUUUUCAUAAUACUUUCCUCAUCUAAUGUGGGCAAAGGAGUUGCUCUUCAGUUAAAAGUUACGGUCUUUCUGUACUGAAAUACAGCAGCCUAAUUUUGUGUUUUGGUGUUGAGUCUCACCCAUUGAACAACAUGUAGCAGAUGAAGCCAGUCCACCCUCCUGCCCAAAGUGCAAGACAACCUUUUGGAAGUGGACCUGCUCAAUUAAAAUUGGCCAUGUCCGCAGAGUGUUCAGUGUGCUUUGCACCUGGAACAGUUGCCCGAUGUAAUGGAGUAAUCUCCAUUGUGUUGCCAUAUUUAUUCUUCAGCCUAUGCUGAGAUUUAUUUUUUGAGGUGGCAGCAGGAUUACUCACAUCUUCAUAGAGAGAAAAUUAAAGUCAAUGUGCAAAGGAAUAGUCAUACAACAACCAUGAACCCAGCAAUAUGAACUUGGUGCACAUCCCAUGUGCAUUUUCAGUCACGUGAAUCUGUCCUCCUGUAAUUUUGGCUUCUUUUCAUACUAAUUUGAAAUUUCCCCUUUUAUAGUUUCCUCUUCUCCUACCUCCGUCAUCAAUGUCACUGUCAGUGCUGUGCAAACUAUUUUGAAACAAGGGGAAAAUAUCAGUGUGACUUGUGCAGUGAGAGGCAUUGAUCUGGUCAAUUAUACUUGGAGUUAUCCUGGCCAGAAGGUAAGCAAAUGGCCGGGGUGGUGGGGAGUGGCUGGGAGGGAGAGGAGGUUUGUUUUGUCUUCUCAUCCAGACUGGACAUAACACAAGUGAUGGACUAAUUGCCAUGUUGUCUUCUCUGUAGAAGGGUGGGCAGUCAUUACAGCAGAGAGGCAACUGUUUGAGUGUAAUAACUGGGCUACAAAGCCAAGUGUGGACGCCCCCUCCCACAAUCAGGAAUUAUUUUGGGACUGCAUACUUAUGCACACUUACCUGGGAGUAAGUCUGUUCUGAGCAGGCAUGCGCAAGAUUGCACCAUUAACUUGCUUGUGGUAAAAUGCCCUGGGAACAUGGUUACAGGGUAACAUAUAAAUAUUAUUUAAUAAUUUGAUAACUGAAUACUCCAUGAGCACCUAGGAUAGGAUGGAAAUAUUAAUGAAUUCAUUAAUGAAGUGCCCUCCAUUUCUGUUCACUGCCUUGUUACUUUAUGAGAUGGUAAUAUGUAAAUACUCCUAUUAAAAAUAAAAUAUAAAUAAAAGAGUGAACGCAAUCUGCUGCUUGAGUAGAUGAAUGGGGAAAAGCAUACCAAGCUGCCUUAUUACUUAUGUAUUAGCACACUGCCAUGGUGCUUUCUUCUAAGGGCCUUUCAACAUCAGAUGUGUUGAUUCGUUAGAUGGAAAAUAGAUGCCAAAUGCAAGUGCCAUAUGAACAGCAGAGAAGUAAUUUGCACAUCCCUGAAUGACUCCUAUAGAGGCUCCUUUACCUAUACAUCAGUAGCUAGUAGUCAUGAUUGUUAUGCUCUUCCUCCACUGCAAGGGGCAUUAUCCAGCUUUCAGGCUUUGCAUAGGCACCUGGCCAUCCACUGUGAGAACAGGAUGCUGGACUAAAUGGGCUAUUGGCCUGAUCCAACAGGCUUAUCUCACGUUCUUAUGCUCUUACCUUCAGUCAUUUGAGCGUGGCUACGUGGGUUCAACAAACCCUUCGACACAAUUGAAAAAACUCCUGUAAUGCUAAGCGCCAUGUACAUCAUGUAAUCUUUUUGCCAUUCUUCUGCAGGUAGGCAAGGAGGUAAAACCAUGGACCGAUGUUGGAACAAGGGGCAGUCGCGAUACGAGUACCACCUUAACCAUCCACAAUGCAGAGCUGGAGGAUGAAGGAGAUUAUAUCUGUGAGGCCACUGACACCUAUCAUGGGCAAAAAGAAACACAAAGCAUCUUUAUCAGAGUGAUUGGUAUGUUUGUAUAUAAAAUUCCAUCGUUCUGGUGAAAUUUAAUUAGAUGGUGUUGAACUGACUCUAUGGACCUUUUUUUUUAUUGAGCUUUGAUUAUUUUACAGAACUAUUAUCUUGCAAAGGAGUUGCCAACCUUUGUGGGGCAUGUGGGCACCUCUCCCUCUGGUCACUUAUUUCCCUUUUCAGCCAGGUCAUACAUCAACAGACAGAAAAGCAUAAAACAUGAACACUUUUCCAUGGGGUCUGGAUAUCCAGUAGAAUUAAAGUAGAUCCUCUUGACUGUAUAAUUUUCAGUGGGUUCCCCCAAAAGCUUGCACUGCUGAACUGUUAAAAUCACAGAUCUGGUGUUUCUGAGGAGCACAAAAGCAUUGUUCCAAAACACAGAGCCUCACACGUAUUCAUGGUUUUUAUACUAAAUGACAACAAAACCACCAAGAAGUCACAAACACACCUAUGUACACAAAGGUGAUCUAUGUUUUGAUGGUGGUUUUGGGAGGAAUUGUAAAAAUUACAAGGAUUCCUAAGGAUCCAUGCCUCAGAUUCAUGUUUUUGCACCAUGGCAUCAUUGGAAAGUGUCAGAUCUGUGAUUUUGUUGUUGUUUCCAUUAAGAAACAGAUGUGAGACAUGACUUGAUGGUGGGAUGUUGGUAACCCAUGAAAGAAGUGCAAUAUUAAAACCAUCCGUUUUACUGGAUCCAACAUGUGUGCACAUGCACUGUCUUGGAGACUCUGUUCUUUCUCUUUUCCCCUUGUGACACUCUACAUUCUCCCCUUGCUCCCUGCUGGUCACUCUGUUUUCCUACAAUCUCUCAACUUGAUCCCAUUUCCUUCCUACCCACUCAGUCACUUUGCUUUCUGUUCAGCUGUUCAAACUGCAAAACACAUAGAUCUGAAAGAGGAAGCUGGAAAGAUGGCAAAGUCAAAGCCACUCUGCUUACCUGUGAAUUUUCUCUCCCACUUUUCCUUAUCUAGAGCAUGGCUUUGUGACCUUCCACACUAUUCUGAAUGACACAGUGUCUGCUGAACUGCACAAAAGCCACACCUUCCAUGUGCUGAUUGAGGCGUAUCCAAGCCCAACCAUUGUUUGGCUUCAGAAUAAUCAGCCCCUGACUUCAGAGAGCAACAGUGAAUUUGCCAUCAGCACCAGGAAUUCCUCAGAAACCAAGUAAGUGUCUGCUGUCGGAUGAGCUAGGAAAAUCAGCCAGGGAAUGUGACCCUGGUUGCUCCUUCUGGAUCUUUCAGUGGCUGUUAAUGCUGUCCACCACUACAUCCUCCAAGAACAUGUCUGUGAGUAGAAGGCACUGACCUGUUGUGGUUCUGCUCCUACCUGCAAGACUAGUCUCAAAGAAUGGUAUUGGGAGUCUAUGCCACACCCUAGCAACAUAGCUGCAGGGUGCCACAAGGCACUAUUUUAUCCCUGAUGCUACUUAGCAUCUAUAUGAAGCUGUUGGGAGUAGUUAUCUGGGGUGCACAAUCCUGAUCACACCCAGCUGUGAGUCUCCAUUAAGGCUGUGCACAAGCUGAACCAGUGCUUGCCUGAGGGCUCACAAAAUGAAUCCUGUUAAAAGCAGAGACACUGUGUCUGAGUGGUUCUUAGGUCCAGGAACUGGGCAUUUUGUCUUUUCUAGAAAGGGUUGCACUGCUUCUGAAGGAAUAGGUAUGCUGUUGAGGAUAUUGGGAGCACCUUUGCACAUGGAGGCCCAAAUCUCCUCUGUGGCAAAGAGUGCCUAUCACCAGCUUCAGAUGGUACAUGAACUGUGACAUUUCCUGGGUGGGUGCCACCAUCACUCAUACGCUGGCAAUCUUGUUCAGAGAAAAUGGCAGCCAUCAGAGCAACCAAGGUGAAUGUCUGGCCCGAAACCUGGUCUGAACCCAGAUUGGAAUGGGUCCAAAUCAAUUUCCUCCAAAAGUUCCUGCAGCUGAACCACCACUCCCCUCUUGAGCACCUUGCCCAAAAAGGAGAUCUUAGUGACCAAUCAGUAGUUGUCAGGUUCCUCAGACUCCAGGAAUCAUGUUUUCCUUCAAAGUGGCAGGGACCAUCCCCUCAUACAAAGAUGCAUUAACCAUCGCCUGGAUCCACAUGGUCACACACACCCUGCCAGCCUGCAUGAACAAACCAGGAUGGGAAAGAGAUGAAAGAGCAAGUACUGUGACUACAGUGUGCUUCGAAAGCACUGUGGCUUUCCUUUUCUGCGUAUAGUUGGAGGGAAAUUCCUGCCUUGAAAGAAAGAAAGAAAAAAGUCUCUUUUAGCCCAUGAUGGGCAAUUUUCUGGAUUGCUCCAAUAAUUUCACAAGAGUCUUCAAACUUAGUUUGAUCGAAGGGACUUGGCAGAAAUGCCACUUUAACUGUAGCAGGUUUCGUGCUUCUACCUGAGCUGAUAAUCUGCUCCAGCAUCUUAAUUUAUAUAAGGUUCUAAUUCCUCCAGGUACCAUACUACUCUAACCCUUGUGAGGGUGAAACAGAGUGAGGGAGGUUUAUAUACUGUCCGAGCAUUCCAUGAAGAUGACUUGAAAGAGCUCUCCUUCACCUUACAGAUUAAUGGUGAGCAGAUUUCUUUGCAAAAAUUUAUCUUGCACUAGGAAAUUAUUUAUCAACCCAGCUCAUUUAAACAAAAGCAGCACAAAUGUUAAGGGCAGGGAAUAAGCAUUGUCCCACUGCCAAAAGGAUUGACACUGCACUCACUUCUGUACCACUGAACAAAUGAGUCUCUUUUCUUUUCUUUUCUUUUUGCAAAUAUGCUUUAUUGUUUUGAAGUACAAAUACAAACAAAGCCAUACCACAGUAAACAAACAAAAACCAAUUGUAGGGAACAGCAUUGAUGACAGGCGCACCAAUAAAAUCAGAGUGGUGCAUAUUUCACAUCCCUGGCUCCCUCCCACUGCGCUGCAGACCUUGCCAAAGACUCACAUGCAAAACUGGAGGAUUAACGGAAUGCAGGUUUCUAUUCACAGAGCUUAGGAAAGGAAAACGUACUUUGCCAGGCUGUUCAUGUUUUGUCAAGUCUCUGACCACUUUGCUGUACUGUAUUAAGCACUCAGAAAGAGUGGGUACAUUUUUCAUGCAAAGGUUACAUCUGUGCUCAUGUUUACUCUGGCAUUUACUCUGCCACCACAUGUGGCAUCCAUACAUGUGGAGUUUUAGCAUGCUUGCAAUCAGCAGUGCAGUUGUGUAUGGCAGUACUGUGUCAGUGUCGCACAUGAAUGGGCCUGCCCAUGUGACAGGUGCUUUUUAACAUGGCAGGCCAAACAUUCUAGAAUGUUUUCAUAGGUAAGUCCAGGCCACUCUCUCUUGGCCCUCUCAUUCUGCUCUCUUUUUCACGGUGUGCUUGCUAAGUCCAUAAGAAUUGCUUUGCUGGAUCAAUAGAGAGCAAAAACCCUUGCAGAUAACUUCGCCUCGGGACUUCAGAGACAAACACCCCAUGGGAAUCUUUGCUUCACUCCUGCGACAGAGGAUGCAAGGACAAAGUUCUCCACACAGGUAAGCAAGGAAAGGGAAGCGCAUGCCUCAAAGUACAAAUUCUGCACAUGACAUGACAUGACAUGACAUACCAUGUUCCCAAUUCCUCACAAUGUUGGAAACUUCAUAUUGGUAAACAACCCUUCCCAGCAGCAGUAUAGAGACAUAUCUAGUGGGAUCGAGCUGUGGAGCCAUACCUGCAAUGCCAGCAUUACUGCAGCAUAUCUGGGCAGGCCUAUGACAAGUCAAGAUGACAGUGAGGUUAGGGCCAUAUGGAUGUCCUGGUGGAAGUAAUGGAAUGCUGGUAGCAGUCCCACCAGUGCCAACAUGGUCCUAAUCUCUCCACUAUCUCAGAUAAGCAGUGUUGGGAGGGUGGCUGCACCCCACCUCACCCAUUGCCACUGCUCAGCAGAUAGCAGAAAUUUAUCCCACACAGGACACACAGCAUAAAUAGGGAGGAAUAACUACAUCAGACACCUUGAAGGCAGCAGAAAGCACAGCUAUUUCUGCUGGAGAAAACCAAGCACUCAUUUCAACCACUGCGGCAGCUGCUUCUGGCCAAAAACACAUGACCUCUUUUUCUUUGCAGGAUCAGGACUUGGCACAUGAAGAGGAAUAAACAGUAUCAGCAGCCAGAAUUCCACUACAGCUCCCCUACAUGGGAUAGGUGAGUUUUGUUUCUGUGACCAUUUACAGAUGAGUCUCUGAAUGCAGGUGUCAGGCAUCUCCAGGCUGGGGGGGCGGGUGGGUCUGAGGCACGGGACGUGGAAGAGCACUAAGGUUAAAGCAUUUUGUUUUCAUCACUUGCUCACAACCACCUGCUGAGCAUCUGGCUAUCAUAGCUAUUGACCAUUACUCAUCACUGCCCCUGUGUCUCUCUUUCCAAGGUAACCCUCCAAAAGGUGCAGAUGCAAGUCUGGUUCCAAGUCCAGCAGAAUGUGGCCUGUGAUCGAGGCCUGCAGCAAGACCUGCCACAACAACGGCUGCCAGAGUGAAUGCAAUUGUUUCCACAUGGGAUUACCAUCAUUUGCUUUCACAGUGUUCCUGUACCUGUGCAAGCUGCUUCACAGACAGCCAUGUAGCAGGUGCAGGCAUACUCUAGAUUGCGGAUGCAGUAACAGCGAAAUAUGUUCCCGGUACUCUGUUGUGUGUCAUGCAGCUUUCAAAGGCCUAGGAGCCCUGCUGGGACAAGAAAGUUGGGAACCCCAUGUGCCCAUCUUAAUUUCUGAACCUAUUCUCCCAUUGUGGCUGUUCAAUAAAAAUUUGCUUGUUGACAACUGUUUCUGUGUGAUAAUAACGCAAAGCGGAAAGGGAUUUCCCUCCCCACACACCUGUACCCACCUUCACAAUGGAGCUCCUAGUGGCAGGAAUGAAGCACUUUUGGCCCUCCAGAUGUUCCUGGGAGGAUUGUAACUUCUAUCAUUCCUGGCCACUGCUGAUGGGAGCAGGAGUUCAGCAACAACAUAUUGAGUGCCACAAGUUCCUCAUCCCUAGCCUAAAGCAUUAAACACUCCCACAUCCCACCAGAGCUCAGGUUAUGCAUUGUAUUCAGCUUCUGAAUGGAGAGAUGUAGAAAGCUGAGUCCCCUAAAGAUCAGUAUUGGGACCUGUGCUUUUUAAUGUGUUAUAAAUGAUCUGGGGAUAGGGGUGAGCAAUGAGGUGACCAGGUUUGCUGGUGAUACUAAAUGGUUUGUGGUCAUUAAAACAAAAAAAUUGUGAAGAGCUCCAAAAGGACCUCUCCAAAGUGAGUGAAAAGGUGUUAAAAUGGCAAAUGGAAUUCAGCAUAAGCAAGUAUAAAGUGAUGCAUGUUGGAGCAAAAAAUCUUAAUUUCACAAAUAUGCUCAUGGAAUCUAAAUGGGCAGUGACUGACCUUGGAAGUCAUAGCAGAUAGCUCAAUGAACAUGCCAAACCAGUGUGUGGCAGCUGUGAAAAAGGCAAAUUCCUUGCUCGGGAUCUUUAGGAAAGGAAUUGAAAAUGAAGCUGCAGAUAUCAUAAUGCCGUUAUACAAAUCUAUGCUGUGAUUGCAUUUGGAAUACCGUGUACCGUUCUGGCUGCCUCACCUCAAAAAACAAAAUAUGUUGUAGAUAGGACUCGAAAACGGUUCAGCAAAGGGCAACCAAAACGAUGAAAGGGAUGGAGCAGCACUCCUAUGAGAAAAGAUUGUAGCAUUUGGGACUUUUUGGUUUAGAGAACAGGUGAGUCAGAGGUGACACAAUAGAAGUUUAUUAAGUGAUGCAUUGCAUGGAGAAAGUGGAUAGAGAUCUUUUCCCCAUCCCUCUCUCAUAAUAGAACUCAUGGACAUGCAAUGAAGCCGAAUGCUGGCAGUUUACUUCUUCACACAGCACAUAGUUCAACUAUGGAACUCUCCCAGGAGGCAGUGAUGGCCACCAACCCUAGCCACAAUGCCUAUGUUCUACCUUCAUUGUCAGAGGCCUUAUGCCUCUGAAUACCAGUUGCUGGAAAUUGCAUGCGGACAGACUGCUUGCAGGUUUCCAUGGGCAUCUAGUUGGCCACUGUGGGAACAGGAUGCUGGACUAUAUGAGCCAUUGGCCUCAUCCAGCAGGCUGGUCUUAUGUUCUCUAGCAAAAGGACAGCAUCCUGGUAUCUCACCAUCUCCCUGGUGAACUAUACAAUCAGACUGUGUGAAGAUUCUGCUACAUUAGUCAAAAUACAGCAUUAUAAAUACUUUAUAACACUGUGGCACCGGAUGGUGCUGUAGAGCUGAAAUCGCAACUCAAUGAUAUUUUCAAUUGUGAGCUUUACAAUGUUUUUUUCUUUGGCUUUUUUUUUUUUUGCAGAUUGUUUUCAGAGCAUUUUUUGUGUAGGUGUGUAGAAUUCAGGGGUCAGCAAGGUUUAUCUUGCCUGGGCCAGAUCGGUCCCGUGGAGAUCCCUCUGUGGGCUGGAUUGCAUGUGCGCCUGCGAUUUUCGGCAUCUGCAUCUGUGCAGACGCAAUUUUCAGUGCCAUGGAAGCGAGUCCCCGCGCCGUGCUGCGCCUGUUUAGCGCAGCGAGUGAGCGGGCAAUUCAGUUCAGGAACAGCUCAUUGGCCGGUCAAACAACCUCCGCAGGCCGCUUCCGGCCCAUGGGCCUUAGGUUCCUGACCCCUGGUGUAGAUCUAGCCUGAAAUGAAGGCUGGAGGGGCAGAUGCAUAACAAGAUCUGCUGGAGCAAUAAGCAGCAGACUGGAAAACCACAUGUGGGUGAAUAGGAUCAAGGAGGUGGGAAGGUUGGCAAGCAUCCACAAGUCAGUCCAUGGAAUAACUUCCUCUGACUGGCUAUGGUGCUUUGCUGUUCUAGCCUCUGACCUCCCAGCCUGUUCUACCACGUGACCACAUGUAGGCUUUGAACCUGGGAUCUAAUGUGUGUUAAACCUGCAUGGUGUACAGGGCAACAGUUCCAUCUGGUGGCUCCUAAGGCUUGUGUAUAUGACUAGAUUCAAGGGUUGGGCAGCUGGAAGGUCACAAAUGUCCUAUGAUGGGUGCUGCUCUGUUUGUUCUCUCUGAAAGUGCACAGGAUCACAACUAUAUACUGACACACACACCAGCAUUAGCAACCUACAGUGCAGCAAAAGCACAGGAUUUCUCUGUAACCAGUUGACUCACAAGAGCAUCACAAUUGUUAGGGCGAUUUUCAAUGAGUUUGAGCCCUGAAAUUCAGCACACAUGUAAAUGCCCUGAUUAUUAGGAUGGGAAAUCAGGAAAUGGAAUGUUUAUAUAUACACCAUCAAAAUUAGGGACUCAAAUUGGACUACUAUGUUUCUGAUUCUGAGUAUUUAUCAAUAAUAGUAUCAUUUGUAAUACAAAUGUUUCUUUCUGGUGGCAGAGGUAGGGGUCUGUUUUCUGAGAAUUGUUUAUUCCAACCACCUCCUUCCUACCUUUUAAGCAACUCCUUGUUCUCUUGUGUUCUUUCCUCCAAUAUAACCAGUACCAGCAAAGGUGACCCAUUUGAGAGAGGACAGCAACACGACCAGUGGGGAGCAAACAGUGACCUGCAUCACAGAAGGAAUGCCCCAGCCAGAGGUUGUCUGGUAUACCUGCAAUAAUGCCAAAUGGUAAGGAGAUCACUUCUGAAGGGCCUGUUUGGGACAUUUGUGCUUGGGACUUCUAGUAGCAUGGGAUGGAAUUAAAAUAUGAUGGAAUAGGAGCAUCAAUAACUGUAUAAUACAGAGAAUGGAUUCCAUUAGGCAUGCUACUCAUCAAAGGAUUGAAAUAAGUGCAUGGCAGAUGGGGUCUGCAACAUAAUGUUGCAAUAUUUCUCACCUCCUGUUUGGAUGGAAUACUCUUCCUUUCCAGUGCUCCAGGCAGCCAGAUCCUUCUCUAUCAGUUUAUUCCAUCACCUCUUGCUUGCUUCAUUUUUCUUUUCCAAGUGAUAGCCAACAUUCUGUGAGUACUGAUCAUGCUCAGAUCUUAUUAGGCUGUUUUUGUUUUACUAUGCCCCAUUACAGGUUUUUUAAAAAAGUAUUUUUUACUUCUGCAAACCUCGCCUAAGCCUGUCAGUACACCUCUCUCUUCUUUAUCAGUUUUGGCUACAACACCUGACUCCCCUAUUAAAAGGAUUAAUAGCUUUUAAUAGCUUCCAGUGACCAUGCUUUUCAUAUAGCUAUUUUCACAGUUUCAGCACUCCAAAUAUUUUGAACUUGAAUUAUAUACAUACAUAAUUUUAUUUGUAUGCUGCCUUUCCAUAGUUCAAACCAUGUUCAAGGAGGCUUACAACAAGGGAAAAAUACAUAAUUACAAUGUAACAAAAGUAGUAAUAAACAAUAAAUAAAACAUCAAAAAGUAUACAACCAAACUGAACACAUAAAUCUUUAAUAUUUAAAAUAUAGAUACAAAAAAAUUGUGUCAAUAAUAGCAGCAAGAACACCCCCAUAAAACCCUCAAACAAUACCCUAUCCAAGAGUCUGUUCAGCAGCCUCAGCUUUUGUAGCUGGAGUCAGUCAAGGCCAGGUGGAAAAGGCCUGCAAGGCAGGGAGCAGGUUUUCUGUGGCUCACAGCCAAGAUCAGGGGUCAGCAAGGUUUACCUCAACUGGGCUGGUUCACUCCCACGGAGAUCACUCCGUGGGCUGCAUCGCAUCUGCGCAGACGUGAUUCCAGCACCGCGGAAGUGAGUCCCCACUCCAUGCUGCGCCGGUUUAGCGCAGCGCUCGGAGACUCACUGAGUGGGCAGCUCGGGGGCCAUUUAAAUGACCCCUGUGGGCCGCUUGUGGCCCAUGAGCCGCAGGUUGCCGACCCCUGGCCAAGAUGGUCUUAGGCCUCUUCAGUUUGCAGAUCAACCCCAAUAAAAAUGUUGUAUUGCAUUAAAAUCCUGCCUUCCCUCCCUCAUGGAACUCAUGGUGGUGCACAUGGGGUUCUAAGUGAUCACUGACCAGAUGCAGGUUCAGCAAGGGGGCUGCAUCAUGUACUUUCAGGGUCAUACUCGAUGUUGCACUGACUGUCUCCAACUAGACCUAGCAUACAAUCCUGUACAAACUUACUUUUAAGUAAGCAGGCACAGGACUGGGUUGCAGCAGUUCAAAUGGACCGUGAAUGAAUCAAACAUCUGAAGAAGCUGGGCUGUCUUCCAUUGGCUGAUUAUCUUCAACAACAGGUGUGAUGCAGAAGCCACCAAAACCCUGGUGAAUGCCUCUGAAGAGAUGGUUCUGGAAACAAACACCACCUACCGAGAUGAUAUGAGGAUUUACAUCGUGACAAGCAAGCUGCACCUCCACAGAGUAGAUGAGCCGGUCUUCCUCAGUUGUGCUACUCAAAACCUCUUGGGCACGGAUACUCAGAACAUCACCUUGGUCCCAGACAGUGAGUUCCACAGCAUGUCUUGUAUAAUACGUGUGUGUGCGCGCACACACAGCAAUGUUUAUUUCAGCGUAGGAUUGUAGGAACAUCGUCAUGUCCUCGACUUACGCCAUAUGUCCCUUCUUAUAUUCCUAGAAUUAUAUGGCAGUGUUUAAAUUAAUUCACAGGAGCACAAGUUAUAGAGGCACAGUAAGAGAAAACGAAGAGGCAUAGUUCCAAAAGCAGAUGGUGUUAAGUGAGUGAGAAAAUACUGAACAGGGAAGCAUGAAUGUGAUAAAUGCAUAGCCUAGCUUCUCCUACAGGUUCAGUGCCUGCAAAGUUUGACACCACCAUUCCUUUUGACUGCAGUUAUCCUCUGUGUGCCCCAAACCAUAAAAGGUUUGAGAAAGGCAAAGGGGAUGGAAGUGUACAAUCUUUUCAAAUGUUUGUUUUCUCCGCCCCCCCCCUUCAAUCCCUCACAGGUAUAUACAGAGUCAGGCUAAUAGUGCAUUUAGUUCAACAUUGUUUACUCACAGUCUCACCCCGGGGUUUCAGGCAGGAGCCUUUCCAAGGCAUGCCAGGAAUUGAACCUGGGACCUUUCACGUGCAAACCAUGAGUUCUGCCAUGGAGCUACAGUCCUUCCCAUACCAGAUAAGGCAGUAAAGCAACCAGCAACAUACUGCAACAUUGCAUUGUGUUUCUCAAUCCUUUGCUGUUCUCUGUGGCUCUAUACAGCUAUGGCUUCUUUGGCUUCUUUGUUGUGUGAUCACCACAACCCUAUAUGAGCUGCUUUACAAAACUCUGAAGGAGACCAACGAUGCAAGCUGAGCAAUGAAGUUGAGUAUGUGACAAAACAGUCAAUGCGAUUGUUUUGGCACAUGCCCACAUCCUAGUUAUUCUUAAUGUUCAAUGAUAAUAUACCACACUACUGCAGAGACUGAUGAGAAGUAGCAGAGAUGUCAGCCUGUGUUGAGAAAUGGGGAUUUGGGCAUAUGGUGGUGAGUCAGUCACACAAGACACUCCUCUUGCUCUUGAAGACACGCCUGUUUAGAAAAGCACCAAUGCAUGCAGAGGAAAAAGCAAAAUAACCACUUAGGGCUUGAAGAUGUAUAUGCUCAGAUGUACAUGCAGGGCAGAGGUUCUUUUCAGACCUUUUUAUGAAUGCAUAGAGGUCAGGCACCUGCAGUCCCAUUCCACCUCUCUUUCAUGUUGGUUUUUUAAAAAAAUAAUGUCCAUAAUGGUGUCUUGUUGUGAUCAUAGUAGGACCCCACAGAUUAUGACAGAUAUCUGAGGUGGCUUCCCAUUAUAUAUAAAUAGUAUCUGGCAGGAGUUGCAGGACCUUGGAUAGCUCCAAGCAGGUAAUUUACACUGAUAAAAGUCCUGUUUGGGCAUUUGCUUGGAUAUAUGGGGUUGAAGUCAACUAAUGUUUACUCAGAGUAGACCCACUGAAAUGAAUGGCCAUGACUAACUUAAGCCUGUUGAGUAAAAAGAUAGUUGACUCCAACCUUCUUCAGAAUCAGACACACACAAGACCCACCUUCAAAUGUCCCUGAGUGUCCCAGCACUGCCCACUCAGUUCUCGACGUUUCCCUGUUGAGUGGGGAAGGUUUACAGGUUUGCUGAUGGUUUCUGGUUUUAAUAUGAGGUGAGCCUCUGGCAGUGUGUGUGCAUUUUUGUUUUUUAAACAAUGGCAUAUUCUUUUUAUUUCUCUUAGUGUAAGCACCUCUAGCUGAAAAGUGGCUUUAAAAUAUACAUCUGAGCAAAUCGGUAUUCUCCUAAUUAGAAUGGGACCUUAUGUUUCUGUAUACAUUUAAUGUUUCAGAUUUGCCCUUUAAAGUGAUAAUCAUCUCAGUUAUCCUGGCCUUGCUGGUGCUCAUGUUUAUUUUCCUAGUGAUCCUCGUUGCUGUGUGGCGAAAGGUAAGAGCAUGCUUGACUCUUUUCAGUGUCUCAGUAAAAGUCCUAUAGCGAGCCUGGUAGUGAUAUUAUUUCCCUACUGUUAAGCCUUUUUUGAAAGAAUGAGUUCAAAAAUUUGGAAAAGGGCCUGAAGGACUAGGGGACAGAUUCCUGACCCAAACCCCAGAGAUCUUUUGGCAGUCAGUGUAGAAAAUAUUGAACCAGACGGACUAAUAGUCUGACUUGGUGCAAGGCAGCUUUCUAUGUUCCUAUGCCCUUGAUUGGUUGGCUGAGCAACCAUGAAGCUUUAGCUAUUCAGCUACAGGGAACCUCAGAAAUCUAGUGGUAAUAGUUGAUAGGCUGAAGCAGUUAGUUACCACUAUGAACUGUCAGUAGGCAAGGAUUUAGGCAUGUGCAUCUAGAAUAAGCCUGGAAUAUAAAUAAGGAAUUAUUCCCAGAAAAUCCACUAAUGUCUGUGGGAGAAUCUUACUCACCAGAACUAGUAGGAGACACACAAUAUAUUUUCCAGAUUGUAAAACAAUUUCCCCUCAUUAUGAAUUGCCAACUUAUUUUUAAAAAACAAAAAAAUACCACCAGUUAGUAAAAAUGGAAGGUUUCAGGAACCAAAUGGCCAUUUGGAAAUUUGGGGGAGCACUUCUUUUUGAUAAGAUGAUAAAUAACAAUGGAAGUGUGGCUGCUUUCAUGUGGCUGUUCCAUGGUGGGCAGGUGGAUAAAGCUAUAGAACAAUUCAGGAUGGCUGUGCCCACUUAAGCCUCAUUGAUUUCAACAAGAAUUAGGUGUGCAUAAUUCUGUGGUCACUGUGUUCAUAAUGUCAUCACAUCACUUGAUUAGCCUUCCUGGAGAGGCAGAAACCAUCCCUCAGAUAGAGGUCUUGAUAUGUGGAGAUUGGGGAGAUGUGUGGAUGUGCUUACUGAAAACUACAUGGACACCUAAUCUUCCCAGGCUUCCUGGAUACCAACACAGCACAGUCCUUUCUAACACCUUCCUUUCCCUUUCCUUAGAAGCCUCGCUAUGAAAUCCGCUGGAAGGUGAUUGAAUCAGUCAGCUCUGAUGGACAUGAAUAUAUCUAUGUGGACCCCAUGCAGCUUCCAUAUGACUCCAGCUGGGAGGUUCCCAGAGACAAGCUUGUGCUAGGUGAGGGGAAGAGGAUGGGAAAGGAUUCAUGCUUAAAUGGUUAGUGCCACUAAGCAGAAGAAGGGCAGAUCUGUUCCAGGACUACUACCUCCAUGUCUUGCUUGGACUACAACUUCCAAUACUACAGGAGAUGAGGAAUAAUUUUGUAGUCCCUCGUAGAGCCACCUUCUGCAGUCCUCUGCAUUUGGAUACUGGAGGGUAGUACACAGAAAAAGCACUUCAAAUUUCCAUAGCAGAAUUCAAUAGCUUCAGCACUAACUCAACUUCCAGGUAGACAAUGCACCACUAGGGGGAACCAGAAAGCUGUGGCAUGCUAUUGCAACACUUGUUCAGCAAUAUCAUUAAUUUGCAAGUUGCUCCUGUCUUAGAAGGAGCAGUGCAGAAAGACUCCAGCCAUGCAGAGAAGAGGAAGCAGCGCCAUACAACAGUGGCUGGGGUGUGAUCAGCAAAUGCACUAAUGGGGAUCGGUUCCCAAUCAUACUGAGGCCACUAGGCACAUAUUCUCAUAAUCAGAGAAUAUGUAAAGAGAUAAGCAGCUAGGAAUGAGAUGCUGUGGAAUUUGCAAUAAAUUCCCCACCUAGCGGUCCCAAGUAGAAUGCAUCCAAGAAGAACGCGUGACUAGCGCAGGAGUCUUAUCGGUCAUGCGGAAACUAUCUCUUGCCCAGACAUCAUAACUCCCAACUUUAGUCAUUCCCCAGUGGAAUAACUCAUGCUGUCCAAUCGUUUAAGUAAAGAGCUGAACAUUUUCCAUGCAGCUGUUCUGCGGACUCCUCCCAUUACUGUUAAUAGCUGGAAAGUCCUAAAGUUAUGGUUUUCUUAUGUUGUUCCUGAUGGAGAAUAUGCCUUCAUCUUCCUGCUGCAGGACGCACACUGGGCUCCGGGGCCUUUGGGCGUGUGGUGGAAGCAAUAGCCCACAGCCUGAGCCACUCACAGUCUACCAUGAGAGUUGCUGUGAAAAUGCUUAAGUGUGAGUUUGGAAUCUUCUCUCCCCCUUGCUGCCAAGUGUUUGCACCCCCUUUCCAUGCACCUUGUCUUUCUAAUAUAUUUUCACCAUCUUCUGCCUGUGUCUUCAGUGUUCACUGGCCUUGCUCAUGUGACACGCAUAAAAGCAUGCCAUUAAGCAAACUGUUUCCCCAAAGAAAAAAUACAUAGUAACCUUUAGCCAUUUCCUGAAUCCAAGGUGAUGUGAAAUCACUUGUGGUUUGUGGCUUGCUUAUGUGGUAGCCACAAUAUAACAGUCCACAGUAUGAAAUACAGCCACAUGGAAAUCUACUUUUUGGUAGUGGCCAGGUGAGGUGAGUAAUGUCUGGAUCAUACUGCAAUCUAUGCUCACCUGGAUGUAAUCUUCUUUGAACCCAAUACUUCUGAGUAGUCACAUAAAGGAUUGUGCUGUCAGCCUUCAAGUGUACAAUCCAGAGGAGGCUUCCCCUUACCUGUUGUCACCUGUUGUCUCUUUCUUCCCACUUCUGAUCAUCUUUCUGUGUCUAUCCGAUGUUAACAUUUUUCUGAAGAUGGAAGUGUCUAGAGCACUCCCUCCCCCCUUGUACUUCUAAGCUGCUGUUCUGCAUUUCAUAAUUUGAUCCACCCAUCUUCCAGCUACUGCCAGAAGCAGUGAGAAGCAGGCGCUAAUGUCGGAACUGAAGAUCAUGAGUCACCUUGGGCCUCAUCUGAACAUUGUCAACCUGCUUGGAGCCUGCACCAAAGGAGGUACCAGUGUCACGACUGUGUUCUUGUGCCCUUGCCUUUCUCUUCCUCUCCAUGCACAUUGAAACAUUUAUCAUUAAUAGGUCUUAACCUGAGAAAGUAACAAACCUGCAUUGGGGCAAGGAGAGUCAGGAGGGUCUCAUGCUUUGCUGUUCCAUCAGCUAAAGUGCUGUUCCAUGUGGUUGUUUUCCAGCAGGCGAGGAAAACCUGCCAAUUGCCCUGUCACUAUCCAAACCUCCAUGUUAUGGAACUGAAAGAAAAAGGUUCACCCACCCUCUCCACCUUUUUAUUUUAGACUGCCCACCAGAAUGAUAGCCCCCCCCCUCCGCUGCCCCCCGUUGUGCACUUUUAAUGGGUCCAUUGUUAUUUUGCCCUGAUACUUUUAAUCAUUCCAUUAUUUUCAAACCCACAUUUUCCCGUUCCCCCCCCUAGGCCUUUAGUGCUAUAGAGACUGAUCUCAUAACAAGACAAGUUAGACACAGUAGGGGAGGGGCAGCAUAUAGCUGGAAGCAAAACAGUUAUUUUGAUACAAUGCGUAGUCCUUCCACACUUCCUGUUGCAGCUUUAUGACAGCAUUGUCACAUUUUCCCCAUUUUCAAAGCACUAAGUAUCACACCCAUCAACUGCUACAGCUGCCAGUAGAUGCUUGCAUGCCUUUCUUUUUGGCAGUCCCAGAUUCUCUCCCCUAGAGAAUGCUCUGUCCCAUUUGUACCCACAGAUAUUUAAUACAUGACACUUACAGAAAUGAUUAGUUGUUUGGCCAGCCGGCCUGCAUACUUACGAACAUGGACCAGUGCUAGUGGAGGUCCGCACAACAACUUGUGCACACAUCUAUGCAAUUCCUCAGAAAAUGCCUCUACUUAAUCUAAAUAAAUGAAAGCAGAAAGUGUGAAAUGUAAAUGCAAACAGGCAGCCUUGAGCAACAAAAGGCCUGGUUCGCACACUAACCUAGCACGGGAUCCGUGCUGUGUGGUCAAAUAGCUGGCAGGAGGCAACAUGCAACGCAAGUGCUUCCGAGGGAGCACUUGCUUUAAAACAUGUGGAGACAAAGCAAGCAAUGUUGCUUUCAACUCUGACAAAGAGAUAAUGCACACACACCUAGUUUUCACACUUGGGUGGUAAAAUCUAUGUCUAGCUGCACCACUGCCAGCAGGGAUUCACAUAACAGAAUAUCCCUCCUGGCAUGCAUGUUUUCAAUGCAGAGGGCUGGCUGUUGUUGUUGUUUGUAGAAGCAUUCAGCAACAUGAGCCCCUUGCAGUCUGAAGUGGAUUACCAUUUCUGUAAGGCCACAAUUGCCCUAUUCUCGAGUCAUAUUCAAGGAAAGCAAUACUCCUACCUGGAUGGCUAGAGCUGUUCUUCUCCUCUGCAGGCCCUAUCUACAUCAUAACAGAGUACUGUCGCUAUGGAGACCUGGUGGACUACUUGCACAGGAACAAGCACACCUUCCUGCAGUGCUGCAGUGAGAAAGCCAAGCAGGAAGCAGAGGUGUAUGGGAAUGCCCCCACUGAGGACAGGGUGCAGAGGUACCUGCUGUUUGACACUCUCCCCUCUCUUUAGUGCACGCUAUCUACAUUCACUACAUGCAUGCUUUCUAUUCCAUCACCAUCUACAUACAGGAGUGUGGCCUUUCUGAAACGGAAACCUGUGAAUUAUAGCAUCUCUGUAAACAAGUUUAAAGGAUAGCAAAUUCAGCACAGAGCUGGCUUUCCCUUGCGUUUGCGUGUGUGCUUAUUUUAGUUCUACAUUUCUAAGGCGGACUGUUUUGCAAUCGGUAUCAAGGGAGUUGACAUCUAGAUUCCAGUACAGUUUUGCCCGAGUUGUUUGUUUUGCUCAAAGAGGAUUUACAUAAGCAUUUCCCUCAGUCAUGGGGCUGACAUUUGGAAUCGCCCCAAGGUGAGAGCCCCCUGGAACUCAGUUGCAUGUAACAAAGAUCCAUAUGCAUUUGCCCCACAUGUGACUCUUUACUACUUAAUUCACUCCAUUGAGAUUAUCAUGAAUUGCAGCACGUAGAAAAUCAAAGGCCAACUGUUGAUCCCAUUCCAGAUGUGCAAGGAAUAUUUUAGCAGAACAAUGCAGAUGGUUGAAGCAAUUCCCUCAAGCCAAACUAAAAAAUAAAAUAAAACAAUGCCCACUAAGGAAGGGACAUUCUUCAGGAAGAUUCUUGUUGUUGUUUAGUUGUGUCUGACUCUUCGUGACCCCAUGGACCUGAGCAUGCCAGACACUUCUGUCUUCCACUGCCUCCCGCAGUUUGGUCAAACUCAUGCUGGUACCUUCGAGAACACUGUCUAACCAUCUCGUCCUCUGUCGUCCCCUUCCCAACAUCAGGGUCUUUUCCAGGGAGUCUUCUCUUCUCAUGAGAUGGCCAAAGUAUUGGAGCCUCAGCUUCAGGAUCUGUAAUUCCAGUGAGCACUCAGGGCUGAUUUCCUUCAGAAGGGAUACGUUUGAUCUUCUUGCAGUCCAUGGGACUCUCAAGAGUCUUCUCCAGCACCAUAAUUCAAAAGCAUCAAUUCUUCGGCGAUCAGCCUUCUUUAUGGUCCAGCUCUCACUUCCAUGCAUCACUACUGGGAAAACCAUAGCUUUAACUAUACGGACCUUUGUUGGCAAGGUGAUGUCUCUGCUUUUUAAGAUUCUUACAUGGUCUAAAUAAACUUCUCCCCUCUUUGCAGCCAUGUUUCCUUAUCUGUGGAAAGUGAUGGGGGCUACAUGGAUAUGAGCAAGGAUGAGUCAUUGGAUUAUGUGCCCAUGUCAGUGCCCAUGUCAGAUAUGAAGGGUGAAAUCAAGUACGUGGACAUUGAUGCCUCCAAUUAUGGUACUACCUAUGAGCUGGACAGCUAUUCGCCAUCCGGUAAGAGAAUUGACAGAGACAGGCUGCAUGCAUGGGUGUCCAGUCAUACCAAUGUGAAACAGUUUAAUUGCUUCAAAAUCCAAUAUGCAGAACUGAAGGUGUUGUCUGUGUCAUCCUUAAAUUGUAUUUUCAUUGUCAGGAGAAGUAAGCAUCUAAUAUUACUCCUGAUAUCUCUUGGUCCCAUGUUUUAGCAAGGCUUUUAUUGUGUGGGUUUAGGUGUAGUUAGACCUGUGUGAUGUCUGAUUGUAUCUCUGCUCUUUGUUUUCAGCUUCUGAAAAGGUGGCGUUGAUAAAUGAGUCUCCUCUCCUCAGCUAUGUGGAUCUUGUUGGAAUUAGUUUUCAGGUUGCCAAUGGAAUGGAGUUCCUAGCUUCCAAAAAUGCAAGUACUUUUUAUAUGCAGAAUGAUACAAUAAUACCUAGGGGUGACUGGUUUCAAAGUCUUUUUGGGCAUGCCUGUGGAAUAUGAAAUUAAUGGAAGCAGGUAGAGGGGUUUAGGAUCAGCUAUCUUUAGUACAUUUCAUUAUAAACAGAGACAGGAUGUUUGAGUCAUGUGGUACUAGCCAUCCUUUAGACAUUGCUGCUUCUUCCUUUUUCUGGGGAACAGGCAAUAUUAUCUCAUUACAUGAGGGUGCGGACCAGAGACAUGACACAGUGAAGGUACACUGCACAUCAUGAAGUUAAUUCAUUUAUUCAUUCAGGUAAUUUCUAUCCCACUUACAUUUUUAGUAAAACCUCUUCAGCGGUUUAUAAUAUAAUGAAAUAUGAGUGAAUAAACUUAUUAUGAUGCAAUGAUAUGCAGUCUAGCUUCACUGUAAAAUCAAAAGUAUUUUUUACACACACACAAAAAAAUCCAUCUCUUCUGGAGAUAUCUCACAUGCUCUGUGACAUCUUGCCAGAAGCCAUCACUGCUUCUCCACUGGCAGCAGAGGCAGCAGAAUGGGCAGGGCAUCUAUGGGGGCAUUGCUUCUUAGGCUUCUGCUGCCUGAGGCAGCUUCCUCACCUCACCUCAUAGAGGUGCUGGCCAUGUUGAUAUGACUUGUAGUAGGGAAGGUACCCUGGCACUAAGCUGUUUAGGGCUUUAUAAAUCAGUAGUAUCUCUUCUUGGCUCAAGGCAGACCAGAGUUUAGUCAUGCAAUACUCAGUCCCUAUUUCAGGUCUUUUCGGUGCUAAUAUGGACUAUGGAGAUACCAUUAAAAAUGCAUCUGCCAGUACUAUUCCUGAAAGUAAUCCUCCUCCAUGCUGAGGAAGUUACCUUCCCCAUUUCAAUGUAGAAAUCAUUGUUCAUGUAAGACUGCUUAAAAAAAAAUGGUCUAAGUUAAGGUGACUCAAGUUCUGUACCAAGAAAACCUACAUUUUGUGACUGGUAUAAAUUUUACAAGUUAAUAAAUUCAUGUAUAUUUUCCAUGGUUUAUUUUGGUUCUCGUAGUCAUGGGGGAAGGGGGAAAGCAAAAAGCUAUGCAGCCACUGCAGUCCCACCUCCUGGCCAAUGCAAAUACUGCUUUGUUCCCUUACUGGUUUCUGCAAUUUCUAUAUACUUCCUCUGACUCUUUGAGGGCUAAACUUACUUUAAAAUUGAAAGAAAGAAAGAAAGAAAGAAAGAAAGAAAGAAAGAAAGACCAAGGCUCUCAAGGUGAUUAAUUGCAUUGCCAGUCUGAAUAUAUGCCCUUGUGAUGUAUAGUCACGCACUAAACACAGCCCCCACCUACGUGGCAUAAGCAUGCAUUGGGCCGCCCUUAGACAAUGUAAGUAUUCUUAAAGCUGCAUUGCAAAGUAAUGUUUGCUGCCACAGACAAACACAAUUGCCAUUUCACUGGGAUAACUUCAGACUGUAAAUCACCCAACGGCAUUUCAGUGAUGCUGUAUUAUUUUUGAUCCUUGCUGAGUCAUCCUUUUCACAGAAGGUAUUUUUAAAAAACAACAACUGGGAAAAGGAAGCAUGGGGAAAGUGGUCAAACUCGUGCAGACCAAGUUACUGCUAAGAGUUACCACACCUAAGCCCUGUGGUUAUUUCCCAGAGAGCAUUCCCGCAAGCCACAGUUGUUCUGAAACAUUACACAUACAACACAAAUGCCACAGGCUAUUAAUGGUACCGCAGGUAAGCAUACUGAAGCAGUGCUAAUCUAAAGGCUUUUGUUAGGAAACAGACUUAAGCAAGAGAAUGGAGAAGUGAAAAUGGCAAGACAAUUGCAUGCAAGAAAGGUGUCAUCCUUCAUGAGAGGUUCUGUUCAGCAAUGAACUCUGAGACUAAAAGCACAAAGGUUCAAGAAAACACAGUUGAUUAAUUCCACAAUGUUAGAUUCUCAGGCUGUGUACAAUUAUUAUUCCUUUGCAACCAUCAUCAUAUAUAAUGUGGAGAGCAUAUUUUCACUGCUUUCCUGCUCUGAUUCCUAAACUGCAAUUUCUUGCCUAUGUCCCGGGUAGGAAAGGUAAAUUUGGUUCAGUUUGCAUUUCAGGGCAAAUCUACCCAAUCUGCACUUCCUACAACAAUGUGUGAACCUCAACACAGCCACCCUUCAAAAUUCAAAAUUCACAGAAUUCACAAAGUAAUGUAUACAAAAAUACUAAGGGAAGAUGUGCAUAAAAAUGCAUAUAUCAGUGAAAGUAGCAAACACUUAAAAAAAAUAAAUCACAAGUUGAUGUGGAAAUGUGGAGAACUAAAUUUAAGAUUGGAAAAAUGAGAAAUGGGGAAAAAACACCCCAGGCAAAUCAAAGGUUAGAGUAGGGGUAGUCAACCUUUUUAUACCUACUGCGCACUAAUGCAUCUUUCUUGAUGGUAAAAUUUCCUUACCGCCCACCAGUGCUCGAUGGAAGGAGGAUUCAGCUUGUGCCGUAGAACCCCCAACCGCCCACCUAGAAUCCUGAAAGUGGGUGGUAGGGACCAGGUUGACAACCCCUGGGUUAGAGUGUGAUGCUGAUAAUGGCAAGGUUGCAGGUUGCAGGUUCGAUCCCCAUAUGGGACAGCUGCCUAUUCCUGCACUGUAAUUCUAUAAUUCUAUGAUUCUAUGACAGUCGUCAAGGGACACUACAAAAAGAAAAUGUUCUGAACACCAGGCCUUACACCCCCUCUUCCCGCUUUGUAAAGCAGUUGGCUAUGCAUUUGCAUUUCCACAUCAUUAAUAAAGCAGCUCAAAACCUGUCUCAGUCAUUUUAAAAUAUGUGUGUCUUCUGCAUUAGAGCUGAUUGCAUUCAGGUUUUUCAGGGUCUUACUUGAAGCACUACAAAACCCUGCAAAACUAGAAACUGCAGCCUGACAGGAGAAGAAAAGCCCCACAGGCAAUAGCAGGGAUGAAAUAACACCAGACUGGCAGAGACUUCAACACUGGCGAUGGGACUGUGUCCUCUACAUCUGAGGACAGCAUGCUAGCUUAAGAGGUGUAGGGCAGGCUACAUGGAACACACACAGUUUUGUUGUCUGUCACCUCACUGCUGCUUAGUAUCUGCCACCUGAGAUCUGCCUAAUGGAAGGGAUGGUCCUCAAAGUCUGUAAAGCUUUUGGGCAGGAUUCACCUAACAAGUCCUAUUAGUGGAAGCCCUGUGCAAAGAUUUCCAAUAAGGUUUUCCCUCCUCUAUUCCCCCGCAUGCCCCCAAAAUUGGUUUGUGAGGUCAGAAUAAUCCGCAGACUAGUGUAUAGUGGGGGGAGAGAGGAAUAAUUCUGUCAGGCAAGCUGAAACACUUGCACUGAUGGAACAAUUUCCUUAGCAUGACAUUGAAUUCCUCCCAUUGUUUGAUCACAGUGCACUCCCUACUAUUUCACAAAAAUUUCUUGUUGAUGCUGCUUUGGUCUGAAGGCACUUCCUGCAGAAAGCAGCAGAUUUCUUGAAAAAUCAUAACUGUUUAACAGUUUAUACACUGUGUCUUUUCCCCUAUUCCACAGUGUGUGCACCGAGACCUGGCUGCAAGGAAUGUGUUGAUCUGCGAGGGGAAACUGGUGAAGAUCUGUGACUUUGGUCUAGCUAGAGACAUAAUGCGGGAUUCAAAUUACAUCUCCAAAGGCAAUGUGAGUGACUUGAUUACAUGGACUCUGAGUGUCCCUUUGAACUUCCACGAGUCUUGUCUUGUGUAAGGGCCAUAUGACAGAUGUCUCCAACUUCUGACGGAGAUUUACAAAAAUGGUUCCUGACCUCUUUACAGAGCAUCUGCAGGCUAUUUUCUGAGAAAUGGAUCUCCAAGUUAUAUAUGGCCCAUGAAUUAUUUUCAUGCUCCAAAGAAGAAUUUCACCUUCUUUGUGAUUCACUGUCUCCAUCUCUCCAUCUCAUUCAGCUCCUCCAGCUUUUGUUUUAAAACCUCCUUCAGUCCCCCUGAGAACUUGCUUCUGCUUCCCUAGAUGAUCAUGCUUCAGUUUCCUGAAUACUGACUUAGUCAUUGGCUAUGAGUAAGUCCUCUAGUCCAGAGCUCCCAUGGUUACUAUGUCUCUUAUAACUUAACCUCCAACUUUAACGCAAUCUCUAGAACUUCACUGGACCUACUGAGCAGCCCCAUCUCCCUCAUUUGUCAGUGCAUGAUGAACAGACAACAGUGCUGCAAACCACUCGUCUCUUAUAGCUGCUGAGCCUCCUAAGUGUAUGAAGCAAAAGCAACCAGAGCUUCCCACCUUUCUGCAAUUUCCAAGCAUUCAAAUAUUUCAGGAAGCCCUGAACCCUCCUAGGACACUUCUUUCACACCAAAAAUUCUGAUAUUGACUUCACGGGAAAAGAAUAGCUGAUGCUAAGACCGCAGAAGUCAUCAGUUGUAAGGAACCUGGUCUUUAAUGAUCUUAUCUACAUUCACAAGGAACCCCAGCUAAACAUGGUUCCUUCUGACCCCAGUAGUCUGCAUACCCCUUAUUUAUCCCCAUUUGGUUUUAAGGACGUAAGAAGAGGCUGCUGGAUCAGGCCAAUGGGCCAUCCAGGCCAGCAUCUCAUUCUCACAGUGGCCAACCAGUGGGAAACCUGAGCACAAGAGCACUCUCCUCAACUCCUGGUUCUAAAUGCAAGGCUGUGGAUGCACCCCCUCUAGCUUUGGGUUCUUCUCCUUUCCUCUCACAUCUUUGCCUUCCAUCUUCUCCUCUAUACUACAUUGACUGGCAUGUCUCAGCUCUGGGCCUCUAACCUUCUCACAGCACAAGGCCCACAUCCAUUUCUUGAUUCUGCACCAAAGCCCUUCAUGACCUGUGUUCAACAAUGGAUUGCUUCACAAUGGUUUAUGCAUUCCCUUUUAAUUCCAUGAGUCAUCUUACUAGAUACUAGGCAACAAAACUCCUUGCAUCCUAACUGAUCCAUGCUAGCCUUACCAAUUUUGGUUUCCCAAAUUUCUGGGAAUCUGGACAAUGAGGCUUCUCAGCACAGACGGCUAUGGUGGAUGGGGCAUGGAAAGAGUAUUCUUCAAGAACUUUCUAGAAGCUCCAGUCUGCAGUCUGUGCUGGCACAUUCCUAUAUGUGGGACUAUCCCAAAUAUCCACUGAAACAACCAUUGCAGUUACAUAUGGGCACCUAUGCCUUUUUCUCCUUUACAUGGCAGCCACUGAGACAUUUGGCUCCUGCUGUCAUUGGAUAGCAUCUUGUUCUAAUAAAAAAAUACCCAUAUACACAAGGCUCAAAGCACUCUGCAGUCAUCCUCAAGAGCCACAUAUCUGAUUUUUUGUCUUGAGCUGAUUGUGCGAAUGCACAGGCUGAGGUUUUCAGAGGCUUAAAUAAUCUAACCACUGUGAGUCACCUUGCACAUCUCAGAAUCUCCCUUACGCGACCCUUCUCUUAGAUGAACAGGGAAAUGAAACCGUGGUCCUUCGCAAUCCUUCCUGGAGAUUAUUUUUGAUGCUGGUUGCACAAAUAAGCCCACUAAGAGUUCAGGGAAUUGUAAUAGGAAAGCAGCACGCAAGCUGCUAGAGAGAAAACCAGAAGCAGGCUAGUUUCGUAUGUCACAAAUAAGUAUGGUCUGGAAACUGUGGAGACAAGUACAGGAAAUGAGGGUAGCAAGAAUUGUAUGUCUGUCCCUUUUGUCAGAGCCUCUUAAUGUUCAUCACGUUCAUUCUUUUCAAUCAAGCACACUGCCUAACCUGACUGUUCCUGCCCACACUGGGCGUGUUUCUAAGCAUUUAGCUCUGACUACUGGAAACUCACUAACGCCCUUCACACAUUAUAUUUGUGAAGAGGACUUGCCAUGUUGAAGGGGAUUUUGUGUGCUAGCUACAGGUCCUGUCCUUGGUGUUUCACUGCUCUCUGGUGUCAUCUCGCCGCCCCCCCCCCCCACUGCCCCAAUGCUUAUGCAUUGAACAUGGAUGUCUGAGCAGGGGAAGCCUACACACACAGAUUUCUAUGCAGGGAAGUCUAUGUGCAUAAAAUUCUCCAUGCAUAUAUUUUCCCUGGACUAUACCAUAAUCCUAAAUAGAAUACCUGGUGGCUUUUCCCAUGCUACAGACUAGGUUUCAUUAAAAGUCACAUGGAAGGCCCUCACUGUUAGCAAACAGAUGAAAAUUCAUUGAAGAUCACUGCAUUUCUGCUGUGUCUUUUGGUUAUAGACCUUCUUGCCAUUGAAAUGGAUGGCACCUGAGAGCAUCUUCAACAACCUCUACACUACCUUGAGUGAUGUGUGGUCUUUUGGAAUCCUCCUCUGGGAAAUAUUCACUCUGGGUAAGCAACUGGUCAGUGUCACCCAGACUCUGUUUGACCCAUCCCACUUACUGGAUUUCCUGUGUACGGAAUGAAAACAAUGUUUCUCACUCUCUUUAAUCUACAUAUGCUUCAUAUACUAUACUAUAAGUACCUUCACACAAGCCCAGAAUCAUUCAUCUUUCAAGAUAAGGACUAAACUAUGCAUGAUGUCCGCUUACCCUCUUUUAGGGAUGCAGCAGCUUUGCAGGACGGCCAGCGCCUCCCCUCAUCCCCCUACAAUGCAGGACUGGGCCUCGGGGUCUGGCAGUGCGGUCCUCAGAGGGGCCACCAAACAUUAGCCUUUUGCCAUUACCAUUGCUGUACUGGUAGUAAGAAAGAGACUAGUAUGAGGUGGUGCUGGCAUCGUCAUGCAGUAUACGGAAGUUUCCCCACUAACUGGUUUUGCUUGACCUCCUUUUUUAUCCCUAGGUGGGACUCCAUAUCCUGAACUGCCCAUGAAUGAGCAAUUCUACAAUGCUAUCAAACGCGGCUAUCGUAUGUCCAAGCCUACACAUGCUUCUGAUGAAAUGUAAGUGUUAACAGCGUAUGUUUGCAUAUGUUUGUUUAUACUGAGAGAAAGAAAGUCCCUUCCUCUCUCUCAGUAUAAAAAAGGUAAAGGGACCCCUGACCGUUAGGUCCAGUCAUGGACAACUCUGGGGUUGUGGCGCUCAUCUCGCCUAACUAAGCUGCUUCUGGUGAGCCAGAGCAGUGCAUGGAAACGCUGUUUACCUUCCCAUGGAGCGGUACCUAUUUAUCUACUUGCACUGCAUGCUUUCAAACUGCUAGGUUGGCAGGAGCAGGGACUGAGCAACCGGAGCUCACCCUGUUGCAGGGAUUCGAACCGCCAACCUUCUGAUCGGCAAGCCAGUAUAGCACUUCCCAAAUUAUUAUUAUUUGCUUUUUGUGUUUCUCCAGCUAUGAAAUCAUGCAGAAAUGCUGGGAUGAGAAAUUUGAGAUCCGACCUUCUUUCUCUCAACUGGUGGUACUCGUGGGGAACCUGCUGGCAGACAGCUAUAAGAAGGUAGAGUUGGGUGGGGCUGAGAGGAUAAAAAUGAUAGGAGGAGAGCACAGGAAACAGCCUCAUUUCUAAACUAGUCCAUGACUGUUGACAUCAGCGUGAAACAGAUUGUGUAAAAGAUUGGGAGUAAAUCUGAUUACAGAGGGAAAGUGGUGGGAAAAGUGGGCUGUCUAACAUUAUAAUAUUUUCUAGUAUGAUUCUGAUUUCUUCGUUUCCAUUUUCAGUUCCAGAUCUGGAGCUAGCCUUUUUCACAGACUUGUGCUCUUAAGAAACUGUAGAUUCAUUAGGGCUGUCCUUAUAUUUAGAAUCAAUAAAAAAUCAGCAUUGCCUUUAUCUUAUGUAAUAGCCUUGUCCUUGUGUGAAAAUGCCAUGUGCUGAAACAUUACAUGUGGUAUUCAUGCACUCACAAGCACUUUCUAUCCUAUUUGCCUUAUAUGAGAGCAGAAGUACCAACAAGUCAAUGAAGAGUUCUUGAAAAGCGACCACCCUGCUAUUGUCCGCACAAGGCCCUGGAACUCAGGGCUCAACAAUUCCAGGUCCACUGCCAUCAAUUCCAGUGCCACCUCAGGCACUGUCCUUUAUACAGCUGUUGAACAAAAUGAAUUGGACAAUGAUUACAUCAUUCCUUUGCCGGACCUUAAACCAGAGGGAGCCAAUGAAAACCCGCAGGAGGCCUCCAGCAGUCGGGCAAGGUUAGAAUCUUAAUCUUUCUUCCACUGUGACAUUAUUCACUCCCAGACCUCCAUUAUCUCUGUUCUACCAAUUGGUUACCUGGCAGGUGAAGUAGAUUAAACUGUUUUUAUACUCAGUAGCCAGUAUGGAAGCUGAGUGGAUUAGUCUUGGCUCUGUGUGCCUUGAAGUGGUGGUUCCCAAAGGUUUUUCUCAUCUAUUGCUCUUCCCGUUGAAGUAUCCUGAAAUAUCAGGGCGCCUGGAACACUCUGAAGUGGUGGUUGCCAAAGAACCAAAUGAUUAUGAAGUACAAAUGGAGAAAAUAAUCUUAGGUAGAAUGACUGAAGAUUUUGAAACCCAUAUUUUGAAGGAGCUUUCAGUCACUGAAUGGCCCCCAUAUAUUUACUCCAUUUUGGAGAUGGGGAACCUGGUUGUCCAAAGCUUCUUAUGGAAUUUUCUUUAAGAAGAAGAACAACAACUGGUUUCAGAAAUCAGAAUGGCAGCCCACAUGGCACCCAGCUAAGGCUUUCGUAAUGUAUUUACUCCCGAUUAAAGCUGAAAUUUGAUUCUUUCUCUUUCUCUUCUUUGCUCUUUCCACCAUUAGCUCUUCACUGAAUGAAGCACACACAUCGUCUACUAUAUCCUGCGACAGCCCUCUAGCCCCACAGGAAGAAGAAGAAAAAGAAGAGGAAGAAGAAGAAAAAGCACCAGAACUAAAGCCAGACUGCUAGGAUUGUUAGAGAGGUGUGUGUGAGAGAGCAUGUGUGUGUGCAUGCAUGGUGGUGCCGGGGAGUUCUGGUCACAAAUUGGUGCUUCCCUCUCCUUCAGCCCUACUGCAAUAUGCCAUUAUCUUCCAUUCUCUUCAGCCCACAGCAGAACCCAGAAACUGUAACACUGAAGAGACUUUCUGCAGCCAGGAUUGAGUAGAAGUUUAUAUGGCUCCUCACGCUUCAUAACUGAGACUAUUUUUGUUCCAUUGCCUAAUGCAGAAUUCAUUCGCCAUUCGUACUUGUCUCUGCUAACCAAGACCAUCAUGAUGAGAAAUGUCACUCUUUGCUUGACAGCCUCACUACCUUAUUGCUGGAGCAGAAUGAACCUUCAUAUACGACUAAUCUCUUCACAAUAAGGCAUGUUCCCCUUGUAUCAAGCCAGAGAAAAACCUCCAGUGGUCUCUUGAGGAGUGCCUUAUUCUAAUUGUUUCACUUUCUAUUUUUUCAAGCUGAUUUUUGAGGCCAGCAACUGUUCAAUGAAUUCUCUAAUCAAUGGAUUAUUAAAUUACACCUUUUAAAAUUUAUCAUGAAAGUGUGGAUGGGGUAUGAAUGUAUGUAUGUAUGGACAGUUUUUUUGUUUUUGCUUUGCUAGCGAAGGAGACACCGAGAAGUGAUCUGCCCACAGUUUUAUCCAAUUUACAGACAUUGCAUGGAUUCUCUGUCCAGGGCAGAAUUAUGAUGAUGACCAACAGAAGAGCAAUAUCAGGCAUUUCACUCGGGUUGUGCUCUUCAUUGCCUGGGUUCUCCACUGCUUUUGCUGAGUAGUUCCAGGAUCACGAGAAUGAUGGUACAGAUACAGGUACCGUGGAUUACAGGUACUAAUAGAUCUCAAGGAUCAGAGAUUGUCUAGACUAGACCUAAAGCCACAACUUUAUCGCCCAAGGACAUACUGAGCAAAUGGAGACCAUCAACUAAUGACUCAGCUGUGGCAACAGCAGGACAGUCCACGGCUACAUUUCUCUGCAUUCUGUCUUUUUAUCAUACUUCUCAUUUUAAAAGGAACAAGUGGGUCUUUCUGAGGCCAGUAGGAGGAUGCUAGUGUACCUUGCGAGGAAAGGCAAACUGCACUAUAUUUGUUUUACCUUGGAGGUUGAUUGAUAGCCGUUGUCAUUGGUCUGUCCCAUUCUGCCUCUAAGGGGAAAGCAUUGUUGGCAGGUUCUUUCAGGAAAAAUGCAGGUUGUGCAUAUGGCAGCCUUCGCCAACCUGAUGCCCUCCAAAUGUUUUGGACUACAACUCUGUUGCACCUGAAGGGGCAGUGGUUCUUUUUGGAUUCAGAACACAAUGGGGUGAAGGCUGAAGAUUUUAUUAAACAGCUCAAAGAAAACCACAAAGCAUUGCCAUUUUCAUACAUCCAUGAUGCUGUUGGAGAGCCCCUCAACAGACAAUGGGCAUGACUCCUGCUUCUGGAGCUUAGCCAGUAUACAGCACUUUCCAGGUAGCCUAGUAUAGCGGUUCUGACUAACAAACAUGCUCUCGGGGGUAUAUACACACAGCUAGAAUUUAGGUGAUACAUCAGUUUCCCACCAGAGCAAAAGACUAAUACUUGGCAGGACGUCAACAUAGAUCACUUCCAGAGCUAGCUAAUGCUCCCCAUAGCAGGUGUCAGGAUGAUAUCCCUGUGAAAGCUUAUCUAGAAGGUCAUGUUUCCCACACAGUGCUGUCUCAGCAUGAUGAACUGUGAGAAACUACUAGUUUGUGGAAUAAACAUAAGUAACCACCUAAAGGCCCAGACCCACAGGAUUUUUAAAUAUUAUCUGGGCAUGAGAGGGGCAAUUGCUGGGCACCCCCCAAAUCUCCUUGAGAUAAUAAUUGUCUUCUGCAGUGUGGCAAUAGAAACUCCCAUCAGCCGCAGUUAGCAUAUGCUGGCUGGAGCUGAUGGAAGUUAGUCCAAAACAAGUGGAGGCAACCAGGUCGCCAAAGCCUACCAUAUGGCAUAGCCUGCAUCUCAUAUCAGACUUAUAUAGAGAACCUUUACUUUUCUUGUUUUAAGCACAAAGCAUUGGGAGAUGAUGAGGAUGGGCAGAGGAGAUUCUACUCCAAAGAUGAGCAGUAGAUGGUAGGUGAGGUUCUCAAUAUAUUCUAUUUAAGAGAAUCCUGAAAAAUUCCUGCCAGUGUGCCUCAGAGCUAAUCUACAUUUUAGACAGAAUGAGCUAGCAGAGUUCUUUCCCAUGCUACUUCAAAUUACAGGUUGGGGGCAGCACACUUUGAAUAUUCUCCCUUGUAAAAAAGAAAAUCACUAUGUAUAGCACAGCAGAGCUGUGUAGCCUUCUCUUUGGAGUGCUGGCCUAUUACAUGCAAAGAGCUUCAAAAAUAUGGUUUCUCACUGUGGUCAGGAACUGUCAAAUUUGGUUCUCAUUCGUCAUAAUCUGUAGAUCAACUCCAAACUUGCCUCAGCCAGAAAUGCCCCAGUUGGAAAACUGCUUUAUCUCGAAGCCUUCCUUAACAGAAGCAAUUCCUGGCAGAAUUGACUCUAAUGUCUCCUCCAAUUCACUAAAUAUGCAUUCUGGUUGGUGUUAACAAAAUGUUGUUUAUUUUGUUUUGUACCAUAUCUUUCACUGCCUUCCAUAGAUAUAGAUGGAGGAGGGGGUGUUGAGUCAAGUUAGGGAUUUUUCAGAAAGAAAGAAAGAAAGAAAGAAAGAAAGAAAGAAAGAAAGAAAGAAAGAAAGAUGGCUUUUCAGUACAUUUACUAUAAUGGUGACUUUUUAAAAAGGCAUUAGUACCUACCACUACCCCACUCCCAAUGUUGUAUUUGCUAAUUUUCUGUCCAUUUUCUUGUUAUACAUUUAGAUUUAAGUACUAGUAAUAGAAGCAGGGGGUGUUUUCAAAAGAAUGUGCCACUUAAAAGGAUUAGUGUUAUGGCAGCGAGAAAGUAUAUUCCAUAAAUCAUGGGCAGUGCCAGGUUUAUCUCUUUCCAACUGAAAGAUACAUCCUUUUCUAUCAAUCUUUGAAUUACACUCGUAGAAAUGACGUAUUGGUAUUCUACUUUAGGACACUAAUAUGAUGGAAAUAUCUCUGGGUGGGGAUGGGUAAGACCACUACGGCGUAGCUUCUUUUUAAGUGCUAUGUAGUAUAGUAACUACACCAUGUUCAUAUAUUACCAUAGCAUGGACAAUGUUUUAUCCCAGCUGGCUUAAACAGUAUUAACCCAAUGGGCUUAGUACUUUUCCAUGGUCAGAGACUUGUAGCCCAGUGGCAACAGCACACGAUGCUUUCCAUGCAGACGGUCUCUCUGGCAUUGGCCAAGACAUUUACUGAGAUCCCGGAGAGCUAUUGCCAGUCAAUUUAGUCUGCCCUGGUGUCAGGCACCUUCCUAUGCUCUGUGAUGGGAUUUUGGUGUGACCUGAAAUACAAGCCAGCAUUUUAAAGAGUCACAGUAGCCAUAUAUAACUAUAGCUCAGUGGGCUGUAGUUGUAACUGGGCAGAUAUGUUCUGCUACACCUAAGGUUCCUUGACAAGGAUGAACAACCUGAUUUGCCUCCUGCUCCACUAUGCUGAAUCAUUUUCCAGUUUCGCAUCUUGGUGAGGUGGUGGUUUAACAGUGUUGCUGCAAGCGAAAAUGACUCCAGCCGAGGCCAGCGGAGCAGCCAAAUGACACUGCCAAAUGCCAAGGUACCUGGGUUGAAACAGUGCCAGUGGAUGUUCUCAUAGCUUGUAUAGCAAGGACACAAAAGAAUUGAAAUUGAGGAUUAGGUGUCACUUUUUUCACAGAGCCAAAGUCCUCGCCAACAAAAAACAGAUAGUAAAUCUGAAGUCACUGGGCAUUUCCAUUCCACUGUUUCAGACUGCUGGGUACCAUAUUUUCCCCCCAAACACUGCAAUUCAUUUAUACCUGCUGGGCCCCAGUCGCCAGGUGGCACCAGCUGCAAUGGGUUCUAGGAAAUAAAACUUUCACACUAAUUAAGACAUCUGAGGUUUGUGGAUUAGAUCCCUGACAUUGGCAAGACUAGAGUGAGGGGCAGGAGGAGGUACUUAACCAAAGAACUCUUCUGUUUCCACAACUUUUAUGGCCAUGGUUUGGCCUAUGAGUCUCCCUCCUCCAGGGGUCCAUUGCUGUUUUGUAUUUUUGCAUUACUGUCAUUUGGGUUUGCUUGGCUUUAUUUUAUAUUUUUAGAAUAUUGGCUAAUCAAAUCCCUGACUGAAACAUGCUAUAUUUUAGAAAUGCCUCAAAUCCAUUUUUGCAAUCUUGGUCUCAUAUCUAGUCUAGCAUAUUAGUAUAGUCUCUGUAAUAUUUUAAUCUACAGCUGUUUCACUGUUAUCAGUUCAAAUAUAAGCACCUUUCUCCAACCACCCACUACUGUUAUGUAGCCAGAAUGUACCAGAGGAAUAUUGUCACAUUACAAAAUUAUGUUUAUAUAUAUAUAUUUUCUGCGCUUUGAAAUGCUUAUGAGAUUUGAUAUGUAUACAGUUUUUUUGUCUCUGCCUUUCCAUUUCUGUUUGACUGUGUUGUUUGUAUUAAGUGAGGGAUGUAGAGAAUGGCAGAGUUUUACUUUCUGUUGCUGUUGUGUGAUCCAUAUUAUGGUGGACUUUAGUUGCCUUUAGUAUGGUGGACAAUGAGUUGCCUUGUCUACUUUUCCAAGGGUCAACAUGUCCUUCGUAGAUCGAAAGACAGGAUAUAGAAGUGCAAUUAAACAAUGUUAUUGAAGUUGGCCAAUAUUGGCAUUUAAGCUCCCUUCUUCAUAGUCUCACCAGCUUUCUGAAAUAAGCAGACCAUUCAAAAACAGUUUGGAAACCAGUAAACACUAAAUUGAGGACUGGAGAAUCAAACCAGUUCCAUUUGAUUUGUAAAGCAUUGCACAUGUUCCAAGCAAAAGGGAAUCCUUUCUCAGAUUACUUUCUUUCCAGACACUCAUAAUGCAAAUCUUAUUGACAAUUAUUAUAGGCAGUUAUUAUAUGGUCAGUAUUAAGAUAAUCUGAACACCUCUGAAAAGGUCAGUUCCAUGUUAUGUUCUUCUAUUAAUUUAAAGAAUCUGAGACAAAAUGGCCAAGAUUGCCACUGAUUCUGAUGAAUCAGAUAGAAGAACUUUGCCAUUUGUGUGUAUCAUACUUGGAUUUAAUAAUCUUUUGACAUCUACAAAAACGUCCACUUUAUUCUUGUUUUGUUACAUGUAUCUUAAAGUAACGAAUAGGCGGAAAAUAACAUUAGAAAUGAAUCACAACAUAUCUCUUCCUCUUCAUCCAUCAAAUUUCCUCUUUGUGGAGGAAGUUGUUCCACUUUCCAGGCACCUUUUUGGCAUUCCCAAUCCUUGUCUCUGGGCAGAGCCAUAGAGACUCUUUCUUAUAGCAACUGAUAGCAGUCUCUGAAUGGGAAGCAAAAUCCAUUUUUUGUCUUUCUAAUCCUUUGUACACCAUCAUGGGAGUGAAAGACAGAAAGGUGUCUUGAACUAAGGUACCAAAGAUUUAAUGUUAUCCUAGGUUUACAAAUGUAUGUUAAGACUCUUAUUAAGCCACAUUUAUACCAGUGAGAUAUUAUUUUUUAUGCUGUAAACUUGUCAUAUGUGUUUUCUAAAAAGAUUUUUAAAAUUAAAAGAGCUUCUUUUUAAAAA